AUGACAUCUGCAGAAGCCACAACUUCUAUGAUCUCCACGUCGGUGCCCCCAUCAAGUACCGAAACUCAAUCCAGUACCACCACAAAGACAACAGGGCCAACAGUGACAUCUGCAGAAGCCACAACUUCUGUGAUCUCCACUAGUGGUCCACCAUCAAGUACCGAAACUGAAUCCAGUACCACCACAAAGACAACAGGGCCAACAGUGACAUCUGCAGAAGCCACAGGGUCUCCUAUCUCCACUGCGGUGCCCCCAUCAAGUACCGAAACUGAAUCCAGUACCACCACAAAGACAACAGGGCCAACAGUGACAUCUGCAGAAGCCACAACUUCUGUGAUCUCCACUAUGGUUCCCCCAUCAAGUACCGAAACUGAAUCCAGUACCACCACAAAGACAACAGGGCCAACAGUGACAUCUGCAGAAGCCACAGGGUCUCCAAUCACAAAGUCGGUGCUCCCAUCAAGUACCGAAACUGAAUCCAGUACCACCACAAAGACAACAGGGCCAACAGUGACAUCUGUAGAAGCCACAACUUUUGUGAUCUCCACUAUGGUUCCCCCAUCAAGUACCGAAACUGAAUCCAGUACCACCACAAAGACAACAGGGCCAACGGUGACAUCUGCAGAAGCCACAACAUUUGUGAUCUCCACUAUGGUUCCCCCAUCAAGUACCGAAACUGAAUCCAGUACCACCACAAAGACAACAGGGCCAACAAUGACAUCUGCAGAAGCCACAACUUCUGUAAUCUCCACUAUGGUUCCACCAUCAAGUACCGAAACUGAAUCCAGUACCACCACAAAGACAACAGGGCCAACAGUGACAUCUGCAGAAGCCACAACUUCUGUGACCUCCACUAUGGUUCCCCCAUCAAGUACCGAAACUGAAUCCAGUACCACCACAAAGACAACAGGGCCAACAGUGACAUCUGCAGAAGCCACAACUUCUGUGACCUCCACUAUGGUUCCCCCAUCAAGUACCGAAACUGAAUCCAGUACCACCACAAAGACAACAGGGCCAACAAUGACAUCUGCAGAAGCCACAGAGUCUGUGAUCUCGACUACAGUGCCCCCAUCAAAUGCUGAGGCUCUAUCCACUUCACCAAUGGAGACUACAGUGCUGACAUCAACUGUACCAGAAGCCACCACUUCUCCACAGCAGUCCACAGAGCUCCCAUUCAGUACUGAGGCUCUAUCAACUUCUCCAAAAGAGAAAGCAGUGCUGGCAUCAACUGCAGCAGAAGCCACAACUUCUCCACUGCAGACCACAGAGCUCCCAUCAAGUACUGAAGUUCUAUCCACUUCACCAAUGGAGACGACCGGGCUGACAUCAACUGCACCAGAAGCCACCACUUAUCCACUGCAGACCACAGAGCUCCCAUCAAGUACUGAGGUUCUAUCCACUUCACCAAUGGAGACUACAGUGCUGACAUCAACUGUACCAGAAGCCACCACGUCUCCACUACAGACCACAGAGCUCCCAUCCAGUACUGAGGCUCUAUCCACUUCACCAAAGGAGACUACAGUGCUGACAUCAAUUGCACCAGAAUUCACCACUUCUCCACAGCAGUCCACAGAGCUCCCAUCCAGUACUGAGGCUCUAUCAACUUCUCCAAAAGAGAAAGCAGUGCUGGCAUCAACUGCAGCAGAAGCCACCACUUCUCCACUGCAGACCACAGAGCUCCCAUCCAGUACUGAGGCUCUAUCCACUUCACCAAUGGAGACCUCAGUGCUUACAUCAACUGUACCAGAAGCCACCACUUCUCCACUACAGACCACAGAGCUCCCAUCAAGUACCGAGGUUCUAUCCACUUCACCAAUGGAGACCUCAGUGCUGACAUCAACUGUACCAGAAGCCACCACUUCUCCACUACAGACCACAGAGCUCCCAUCCAGUACUGAGGCUCUAUCCACUUCACCAAUCGAGACUACAGUGCUGACAUCAACUGCAGCAGAAGCCACCACUUCUCCACUGCAGACCACAGAGCUCCCAUCCAGUACUGAGGCUCUAUCCACUUCACCAAUGGAGACCUCAGUGCUGACAUCAACUGUACCAGAAGCCACCAUUUCUCCACUGCAGACCACAGAGCUCCCAUCAAGUACUGAAGUUCUAUCCACUUCACCAAUGGAGACUACAAUGCUGACAUCAACUGUACCAGAAGCCACCAGUUCUACACUGCAGACCACAGAGCUCCCAUCAAGUACUGAGGCUCUAUCCACUUCACCAAUGGAGACUACAGUGCUGACAUCAACUGUACCAGAAGCCACCACUUCUCCACUGCAGACCACAGAGCUCCCAUCAAGUACUGAGGUUCUAUCCACUUCACCAAUGGAGACCUCAGUGCUGACAUCAACUGUACCAGAAGCCACCACUUCUCCACUGCAGACCACAGAGCUCCCAUCCAGUACUGAAGUUCUAUCCACUUCACCAAUGGAGACUACAGUGCUGACAUCAACUGUACCAGGAGCCACCACUUCUCCACUGCAGACCACAGAGCUCCCAUCCAGUACUGAGGCUCUAUCCAGUUCAGCAAUGGAGACUACAGUGCUGACAUCAACUGUACCAGAAGCCACCACUUCUCCACUGCAGGCGACAGAGCUCGCAUCAAGUACUGAGGCUCUAUCCAGUUCAGCAAUGGAGACUACAGUGCUGACAUCAACUGUACCAGAAGCCACCACUUCUCCACUGCAGACCACAGAGCUCCCAUCAAGUACUGAAGUUCUAUCCACUUCACCAAUGGAGACUACAUUGCUGACAUCAACUGUACCAGGAGCCACCACUUCUCCACUGCAGACCACAGAGCUCCCAUCUAGUACCGCGGCUCUAUCCACUUCACCAAAGGAGACCUCAGUGCUGACAUCAACUGUACCAGCAGCCACCACUUCUACACUGCAGACCACAGAGCUCCCAUCUAGUACCGCGGCUCUAUCCACUUCACCAAAGGAGACUACAGUGCUGACAUCAACUGUACCAGAAGCCACCACUUCUCCACUGCAGACCACAGAGCUCCCAUCCAGUACUGAGGCUCUAUCCACUUCACCAAUGGAGACCUCAGUGCUCACAUCAACUGUACCAGAAGCCACCACUUCUCCACUGCAGACCACAGAGCUCCCAUCAAGUACUGAGGUUCUAUCCACUUCACCAAUGGAGAGCUCAGUGCUGACAUCAACUGUACCAGCAGCCACCACUUCUACACUGCAGACCACAGAGCUCCCAUCAAGUACUGAGGCUCUAUCCACUUCACCAAUGGAGACUACAGUGCUGACAUCAACUGUACCAGAAGCCACCACUUCUCCACUGCAGACCACAGAGCUCCCAUCCAGUACUGAGGCUCUAUCCACUUCACCAAAGGAGACUAAAUUGCUGACAUCAACUGUACCAGAAGCCACCACUUCUCCACUGCAGACCACAGAGCUCCCAUCCAGUACUGAGGCUCUAUCCACUUCACCAAUGGAGACUACAGUGCUGACAUCAACUGUACCAGAAGCCACCACUUCUACACUGCAGACCACAGAGCUCCCAUCCAUUACCGAGGCUCUAUCCACUUCACCAAUGGAGACCUCAGUGCUGACAUCAACUGUACCAGAAGCCACCACUUCUCCACUGCAGACCACAGAGCUCCCAUCAAGUACUGAGGUUCUAUCCACUUCACCAAUCGAGACCUCAGUGCUGACAUCAACUGUACCAGAAGCCACCACUUCUCCACUGCAGACCACAGAGCUCCCAUCCAGUACUGAGGUUCUAUCCACUUCACCAAUGGAGACCUCAGGGCUGACAUCAACUGUACCAGAAGCCACCACUUCUCCACUGCAGACCACAGAGCUCCCAUCAAGUACUGAGGCUCUAUCCACUUCACCAAUGGAGACUACAGUGCUGACAUCAACUGUACCAGAAGCCACCACUUCUCCACUGCAGACCACAGAGCUCCCAUCCAGUACUGAGGCUCUAUCCACUUCACCAAUGGAGACUACAGUGCUGACAUCAACUGUACCAGAAGCCACCACUUCUCCACUGCAGACCACAGAGCUCCCAUCCAGUACUGAGGCUCUAUCCACUUCACCAAUGGAGACUACAGUGCUGACAUCAACUGUACCAGAAGCCACCACUUCUCCACUGCAGACCACAGAGCUCCCAUCCAGUACCGAGGCUCUAUCCACUUCACCAAUGGAGACUACAGUGCUUACAUCAACUGUACCAGAAGCCACCACUUCUCCACUGCAGACCACAGAGCUCCCAUCCAGUACUGAGGCUCUAUCCACUUCACCAAUGGAGACUACAGUGCUGACAUCAACUGUACCAGAAGCCACCACUUCUCCACUGCAGACCACAGAGCUCCCAUCCAGUACUGAGGCUCUAUCCACUUCACCAAUGGAGACUACAGUGCUGACAUCAACUGUACCAGAAGCCACCACUUCUCCACUGCAGACCACAGAGCUCCCAUCCAGUACUGAGGCUCUAUCCACUUCACCAAUGGAGACUACAGUGCUGACAUCAACUGUACCAGAAGCCACCACUUCUCCACUGCAGACCACAGAGCUCCCAUCCAGUACUGAGGCUCUAUCCACUUCACCAAUGGAGACUACAGUGCUGACAUCAACUGUACCAGAAGCCACCACUUCUCCACUGCAGACCACAGAGCUCCCAUCCAGUACUGAGGCUCUAUCCACUUCACCAAUGGAGACCUCAGUGCUGACAUCAACUGUACCAGAAGCCACCACUUCUCCACUGCAGACCACAGAGCUCCCAUCAAGUACCGAGGCUCUAUCCACUUCACCAAUGGAGACUACAGUGCUGACAUCAACUGUACCAGAAGCCACCACUUCUCCACUGCAGACCACAGAGCUCCCAUCCAGUACUGAGGCUCUAUCCACUUCACCAAUGGAGACUACAGUGCUGACAUCAACUGUACCAGAAGCCACCACUUCUCCACUGCAGACCACAGAGCUCCCAUCCAGUACUGAGGCUCUAUCCACUUCACCAAUGGAGACUACAGUGCUGACAUCAACUGUACCAGAAGCCACCACUUCUCCACUGCAGACCACAGAGCUCCCAUCCAGUACUGAGGCUCUAUCCACUUCACCAAUGGAGACUACAGUGCUGACAUCAACUGUACCAGAAGCCACCACUUCUCCACUGCAGACCACAGAGCUCCCAUCAAGUACUGAGGCUCUAUCCACUUCACCAAUGGAGACUACAGUGCUGACAUCAACUGUACCAGAAGCCACCACUUCUCCACUGCAGACCACAGAGCUCCCAUCCAGUACUGAGGCUCUAUCCACUUCACCAAUGGAGACCUCAGUGCUGACAUCAACUGUACCAGAAGCCACCACUUCUCCACUGCAGACCACAGAGCUCCCAUCCAGUACCGAGGCUCUAUCCACUUCACCAAUGGAGACUACAGUGCUGACAUCAACUGUACCAGAAGCCACCACUUCUCCACUGCAGACCACAGAGCUCCCAUCCAGUACUGAGGCUCUAUCCACUUCACCAAUGGAGACUACAGUGCUGACAUCAACUGUACCAGAAGCCACCACUUCUCCACUGCAGACCACAGAGCUCCCAUCCAGUACUGAGGCUCUAUCCACUUCACCAAUGGAGACUACAGUGCUGACAUCAACUGUACCAGAAGCCACCACUUCUCCACUGCAGACCACAGAGCUCCCAUCCAGUACUGAGGCUCUAUCCACUUCACCAAUGGAGACUACAGUGCUGACAUCAACUGUACCAGAAGCCACCACUUCUCCACUGCAGACCACAGAGCUCCCAUCCAGUACUGAGGCUCUAUCCACUUCACCAAUGGAGACUACAGUGCUGACAUCAACUGUACCAGAAGCCACCACUUCUCCACUGCAGACCACAGAGCUCCCAUCCAGUACUGAGGCUCUAUCCACUUCACCAAUGGAGACUACAGUGCUGACAUCAACUGUACCAGAAGCCACCACUUCUCCACUGCAGACCACAGAGCUCCCAUCAAGUACUGAGGUUCUAUCCACUUCACCAAUGGAGACUACAGUGCUGACAUCAACUGUACCAGAAGCCACCACUUCUCCACUGCAGACCACAGAGCUCCCAUCAAGUACUGAGGCUCUAUCCACUUCACCAAUGGAGACCUCAGUGCUGACAUCAACUGUACCAGAAGCCACCACUUCUCCACUGCAGACAACAGAGCUCAUAUCCAGUACCGAGGCUCUAUCCACUUCACCAAUGGAGACUACAGUGCUGACAUCAACUGUACCAGAAGCCACCACUUCUCCACUGCAGACCACAGAGCUAACAUCCAGUACUGAGGCUCUAUCCACUUCACCAAUGGAGACUACAGUGCUGACAUCAACUGUACCAGAAGCCACCACUUCUCCACUGCAGACCACAGAGCUCCCAUCAAGUACUGAGGCUCUAUCCACUUCACCAAUGGAGACUACAGUGCUGACAUCAACUGUACCAGAAGCCACCACUUCUCCACUGCAGACCACAGAGCUCCCAUCCAGUACUGAAGCUCUAUCCACUACACCAAUGGAGACUACAGUGCUGACAUCAACUGUACCAGAAGCCACCACUUCUCCACUGCAGACCACAGAGCUCCCAUCAAGUACUGAGGCUCUAUCCACUUCACCAAUGGAGACCUCAGUGCUGACAUCAACUGUACCAGAAGCCACCACUUCUCCACUGCAGACCACAGAGCUCCCAUCCAGUACUGAGGCUCUAUCCACUACACCAAUAGAGACUACAGUGCUGACAUCAACUGUACCUGAAGCCACCACUUCUCCACUGCAGACCACAGAGCUCCCAUCCAGUACUGAGGCUCUAUCCACUACACCAAUGGAGACUACAGUGCUGACAUCAACUGUACCAGAAGCCACCACUUCUCCACUGCAGACCACAGAGCUCCCAUCCAGUACUGAGGCUCUAUCCAGUUCAGCAAUGGAGACUACAGUGCUGACAUCAACUGUACCAGAAGCCACCACUUCUCCACUGCAGACCACAGAGCUCCCAUCAAGUGCAAAAUCUUUAUCCACUUCUCCAGUAGAAACUACAGAGGUAACAUCAACUGUACAUGUUGCCUCCACUAUUCCCAUAGUACCUGUGGAGGUCACGUCUAGUGGAGAACAUCCCUCCACUUCUGCAACGGGUACUACUGAGUUAACAUCAUGGUCCAUAGCUCUUUCUACUUCCCAUGGAGUGUCUGCUGGAUUCACAUCAGAGACAGCCACCACUUUAGAGACAGAGAGAGGUAUGUUCCUUUAUUUCCUAAGGGCUCAUCCACACUUAUCUUUCCCCAAAUUUUCUAGGUGCAGGUCUGUGGUUUAUAAUGCUGUAUCUGAAUGUUAGAAAAAAGCCAACAACCCUGACUCUUUCAGGACAAAAACUUGCUGUUUAAUGCUGAAAUGGAACAAAUGGCAUUUCAGGUUUUCUGCCAAUUUAGUGAUAAAGUGCAGUCUUCUGCCAAGUAAACUGCUGGGGCAGGAAAAAAGGACUCAGCCUUUCCACUUUUUUAAAAGUUAAGAGUGGUUUACUUACAAACUCUCCGAAGGUCAGAUUCAUGCCAUUUUCCAUACAGAAUUCAGAAAAAGUUGCACAGGCAGUAAAACUUAGUUUAGUUACAGUGGUAAAUUUUUCCUAUAUUAUUGGUUUAGUAACUCAAGAGAGGCUUAUAAGAACAAUGUGGUCUGAGCUGCAGCAACUAGCUCAGAGCUCCUCACAUGUUGAGCUUCUCAGGCGCUGUGGUUUAAACCACUGCCGCUUGAACUUGCCGAUCAGAAGGUUGGCGGUUCGAAUCCCCGCGACGGGGUGAGCUCCCAUUGCUCAGUCCCUGCUCCUGCCCACCUAGCAGUUCGAAAGCACACAGUGCAAGUAUAUAAAUAGGUACCACUCUGGCGGGAAGGUAAACGGCAUUUCCGUGCGCUGCUCUGGUUUUGCCAGAAGCGACUUAGUCAUGCUGGCCACAUGACCCGGAAAAACUGUGGACAAAUGCCGGCUCCCUCGGCCAGUAAAGCGAGAUGAGCGCUGCAACCCCAGAGUCAUUCGCCACUGGACUUAACUGUCUGGGGUCCCUUUACCUUUACCUUUAAGCCUGUCAGGACAGCUUACUCUAUGGUCUUAACCCUCUCAUGCAAAGGGCGAACCUCAGCCUAGGAACACGGCACAAAAGGAAACCUGGACGAUCCCUUCCUUUAUAUACAGGAUGCUUUGCAAGGAACAGGUAUGGGGUCACCUGGCCCAGGCACCCCGUGUCUGACACAAACAGGAAGCAGUGGAGGAUGGGGAGACCUGGAGGAUGGGUUGGUGUCCUGAGACCUGUGGAGAGAUCUUGGAAGGUUUGGUCAGAGCGGGUGGAGGAAUGGGAUGAGGAUGUAGAACUCUCAGAACUGGAUCCCAAGGAGGUGCUCAGUAGAUAGGCGGCCUUGGCCUUGGGGACGGCCCGAGAGAAGCCAACCCCAGUGGAUCCUGAGACCCCAAGUGUUGCAUUUCAGCAGUCUGAUGUGACCCCAGCACUGUCAGAAAAGAGUCAUUUGCAUUUGAAUAUUCUCAACAGGUACAAAUAUUAUAAUGUUUGUUAUUAACAUAAGAAUGAGGUGACACAUUUACCAUAUUUUUCGCUCUAUAAGACGCACCAGACCACAAGACGCACCUAGUUUUUGGAGGAGGAAAACAAGAAAAAAAAUAUUCUGAAUCCCAGAAGCCAGAACAGCAAGAGGGAUCGCUGCGCAGCGAAAGCAGCAAUCCCUCUUGCUGUUCUGGUUUCUGGGAUAGCUGCUCAGCCUGCAUUCGCUCCAUAAGAUGCACACACAUUUCUCCUUACUUUUUAGGAGGGAAAAAGUGAGUCUUAUAGAGCAAAAAAUACGGUAUUUUCUAUCCCAUGUAAAGACUUUUCGACAGUCCGCUGUUGUUGGGGGUUCCGCCAGACCUCCUCUCACUGGUCCUGCCUGAGGAUCAGGACACCAACCAUACAAGUGUCUGACUUCUCCGCUCAUUGAAUGGGAGGCCCCAUGGGGCCAGUAGCGUAGCGUGGGUUGCCCAGGGCCGCGUGGAGCAGGGUGGCAAACAAACCGUUGGAGUACACAUGCACAUUCAACUGCAUAAGUGUCACCCAGGAGAUCUCUGCAGCUGCAGAGAUAAGAAAAUAGUAGCCGUUCCAUGGUCUGGAGAGGUCACUUCCGGGUUCCCAUGGAGAAGCCCAGUGACGGAAGCAUGUAGCUGUAUUGAGGCAGCACCGGGUGUUGAAAUUUUGUGCCCCUUACAAUUUUGUGCCCAGGGCAAUCGCCUCUGGGGCCCCCUAUGCCAUGCCACAGCACUGGGACUGUCAGUUGUUGGCACAACAUCUUAGCUUCUCCUUUGCCACAUAUCUCGGCCUCGGUUGCAUUUCUUGACCCGCAUGCCGUAUGCAUCAUUGCAACCGAUGCACUGGCUGAUGGAAACCGAGCUGAGAGUCUGUGUCUGAAAGUGGGAGCGUCAGCAAAGACAUGUCAGCAAAAAUCUCUGGCCGGCAGUAAUGGAAAUCUGUCCCCUUCCAGUCACCAAACGCAACGAAUCUGUGAUCCAGCCUGUUACUGAGAAGCCAAUCCUGCAGCCGGGAGGUGUUAAGAAUGCCACAACGCCACAAGCAACUACGCCCCGUGUCGGAACAACAAGUAAGUAUUAACUAUUGCUGAUACUGUUAGGGAUAAUUCACUUUCUGACCCACCCUUCACUACAAUGUCCCUGGCCGGUCUUGCUCUCAUUUUGAAAAGAUGUCUAUCCAUAUUCUGCAGAUAGAUGAUAGAUAGAUAGAUAGAUAGAUAGAUAGAUAGAUAGAUAGAUAUAGAUGAUAGAUAUAGAUAGAUAGAUAGAUAGAUAGAUAGAUACUCUACUACACUGAAAUGUUUCUUGGAUUGUCCUUGAAUCUUCCUGCCACACUUGCCAUCCUCUCCUUUCAAUUCUGGAUCCACACAUCCUUUUCUAGUCCCUCCCCCUUUUCGGGGUAAGCAGAAUGGAUCCAGAGCAGGGGUGGCUCAGAGAUGGAUGCAGCUGCCGAGCUGCUCAACUGCCUCAUUCCUUUAGUCAGAAUGACUGAAUCUGUAUCCGCCGCCCAUGUCCUGGUUCAUGACUAGGGCGUCCACAUUUCACAGUCCUGCUCCUGUUACCAUUUGCCAAUCACCAUGGGACUUUUUUUGAGUGGUGCGGUGGCUUUUUUGAAGAAGCCUGUGUGUGAAUUUGUUUUAUGUGUGGGGAUCAGUAAGGCUGUAUUCCGAUGGCAUGAGUAUCACGGCGACCGGUAGUUUCUUCGUCCGCCUUCACAACCGUUGUAACAUGCCCCUUGUUAUCUUCCGCCUGUUCUGCUGUUGAGGACUUCUUGGAUCAUUCUUUGUCUAGCUCCUUCCCUUUGACCUUACUGCCUUGGGUGACCCUGCUGGGAGUACGAGAUUCCCGACAGCUACGCUCACAAGGGUCAUAGGAACAUGCAAGCCCACUCACCAGGACGAGGCGAUGAUACUUUGAGAACCAGUGCUCUAAGCAUGCAUCACAUAAGCUCUCUUUUGAUUUUAUUGAUAUGAACCCUUUCUGGGGACUUAAAGGGCAGGCAAGGGAGAAGGAUUAUCUCAUCUCCCCAUCACAUCUUCUCAUGGUAACCCCCGGCUCUCUAUUUCCUCCAUAGGCUCUUCCGCAAAACCUCCGCUGCCUCCACUUAUACCUGCAACAGCCCGCACAACCAUCAAAAUUACCCCGGUAGUGACAACCCCCAGACAGCCGCCAGUAAUUUCCUCCACGGCAUCCCAGUUGACAAGUAAGAAAAUUUCAUAGUGAUGGUUUUGUUUUUAAUUAUUUAAAAAUGAUUUUUAAAAGGAGGGGGAGCUGGAAGCAUGUUACUAAUGAUUUUAUUAUUUAGACCCCACACAUCUGACUGGGUUUCCCCAGCCACUCUGGGCAGCUUCCAGCAGAUACAAAAACAUUAAACAUUAAAAAACAUUUUAAAAACUUCCCAAUACCAGGCUGCCUUUAGUUGUCUUCUAAAGAUUGUAAAGAUUCUAAAGAUUGUAAAGAUUGACCGCUUUUGCGGCCUAGUCAGGAGUCAGGCGCUGGCAGGGAGCGAUGCCGCCUCCCCACCCCUGAAAAGAAGAACUAGAGUUUGGAUUUGAUAUCCCGCUUUAUCACUACCCUAAGGAGUCUCCAAGCGGCUCACAUUCUCCUUUCCCUUCCUCCCCCCAAACAAACACUCUGUGAGGUGAGUGGGGCUGAGAGACUUCAGAGAAGUGUGACUAGCCCAAGGUCACCCAGCAGCUGCAUGUGAAGGAGCAGGGAAGCGAACCCGGUUCACCAGAUUACGAGUCCACCGCUCUUAACCACUACACCACACUGGCGUUCUGCGGCCUAGUUGGGCCCGCGCCACCCUCCCGGUGCCCCCCCCGCCGCAAAUGCAAGCUAGGUAGGCUAGUAGGCCAACCUAGCGGCCUACUCAGUUGGCCAUGCUGCCCACUCAGGCUGGCAGCGCCCUGGGCAAUCAUCUGCCAGUGGAGGAGCCAGCUCCCCCCCACGCUGUUGCCAGGGAAAAGCUCCAAAAAAGUAAAGAAGGCCGGUUACUUACCUCAGUCCGGCCGCCUGGACACGCUCCUGAUCUUGAUCCUGAUCCUGGAAGGGAGAACGGCAAAAGAGGCUUGAGCCCAGGAGUCAGCCUCUUUUCUUUUGGCCUUAGGCCCACCUCCGGCUGGCCGUCCAUUGUCCUCCCUGGCCGAGGGCGGGUCAAAGGCCAGCUCAAGCAGGUGGGUGGCACCCGCCCAGGUGAGCCUCAUUCGGUGCCGCAAAUCCCGCCCACCUGUGGGGAAGGGAGGGCGGAUAUUGUAUAGUUACUUAUCUCCUUGGCAUUUGAUGGGAAGGGGUUCCAGAGGCCUACCUCUGGGGAACUCCCACCUGAAACCUGCCGGCAUUGGCCAAUUUGCCGGCAGUUGGGAGAUCCUUCCCCAGCCAGCCAACAGAUAAUUGGAGCCCCCUGGGCACGCCACCUUUGAAGGCGGGCAAACUUAUGACAUUCAUUUCAAAUAUUGUAUUCUGGGUAUUGCUUUAUUUGAUUUCCCAUUUUUAACCAUCCUGGGUGCCCUUUGGUAAGGAAGAGUGGGGUAGAAAUUUACCGAAUACACACGUUCAUUUAUUCCUCCCUCUGUUCCAGCCACUCUGCCAACACCAGCCCAAACAACAACCCCAAUUCCAGCGGUUGAACAAUUCACCGUCAAUUUCACCAUCACCAACCUCAAGUACAGGGAAGAGAUGGGAACUCACAAUUCCAAAAUAUUCAAUGCAACAGAGAGUGAUCUCCUCCGCCUGGUAAGCCUGACUCCAUGGCAGUUAGCAAGGGAUGUGUAGAUAAAUUUGUAUACUUUCUGUAGGGUGGAAUAAGCUCAAUGUCUCUUUCCUUCCUCAGCUUGAUGGAAUUCUCCUCAACAGCAGCAUUGGCCCGGCAUAUCUGAGGUGCAAAGUGACUCAAUUCAGGUAAGCCUUCCUCAAAGGUAGGAACAUAUCUGCUCUGCUGGCAACCCAGGCAAACAAGGUUGGCAUCUUCUGUCCUCCCUUGUCCAUAUCUGUGGUCAAUCCUGAAUCCUGAUUUCCCUCUCCUCCCAGACCGGUGAGAGAUGGGGAUGAAACUGGAAUGGAUGCCGUCUGCACUUACCGCAACGACUCCACCACGCCCGCCUUUGACCGAGUGAAGGUGUACCACGAGAUCGUCAACCAGACCAACGGUUUCACUGAGAUGGGGCAAUACUAUCUGGAAAGAUACAGCCUCUACGUCAACGGUAGCUGAGUGGUUUUUAAGCUUUGGAUGUGCAUCAAUUAUCUGGAUGUGUUUGGAUGUGUGUGUAUCCAUGAAUGUUAAUAAAAGCAACACAGCAGUUUCUCCAGCCCAGCCUUCUCCAGAAGCCAAAUUUCUGAGACAGAAUGCUGCGGAGUUUGAUGAAUAUGAUACUGUGUGUUGUUUGGGUAGAACGGGGCUAAUCAUGAUGCAGAGAUAUGACUAUGGAGGUUUUCACCAGAUGUUGUGUGAGGGUCUGAGGCUCCCUUGGCAGUGAGAUGAUUUUCUCAUAGAAGUGAAGGAUGUUCAUUUUUGUGUACAGACAGUGCACCAUCCAAAAUAGUGAGAAAUCCCAACCAGUUACUAUUAUCUUUGAAAAGCCUGUUUGUGGUAUUACAUUAUGCAAUAUCCUGAAUUAACGUCUCUUCCAUUUCCAUAGGUUAUCAUGAAACCCCUCCUGAAACAAGUAAGUAGAACCAAAUUUAAAUUCUAACACAGCAAGCGCCCCCCCCCCCCGACAAUCAGAGGAGCUGAUGUCCACAAUGCAUGAGUGGAAGAGUACCAAAAUGAAGCUCCUUUGAUUCAAGUGAUUCAUUUGUUAGAUUUAUCAGUCUCACCAUGUGAUCGACACUUAGUUGACAUACAAAAUAUUUCAAUCUGUUAAGAAGGGGAUAUAUGAGAAUAUGGAGUUUCAUGUCCUUUGUUUUAAUUCUUGCAUUCUGAAUAUUUCUUUAUUUGCUUUGCUUUUCUGAAUUCUCAGUCACACCAUUCCAUCGACUUUUGUUGAAAUUAAAAGUAUUUCAAUCUCUUAAGGAGGAAACAUAUAUCAUGAGACCUGGGAGUUUGAUGUCUUGCAUUUUAAUUAUUGUAUUCUGGCAAUUCCUUCAUUUGAUUUCCUCUUCUUUUUACUAUUCUGCUUCCCCUUUGGGAAGGGUGGAAUGCAAAUUCAUAAAAUACCUACGUCUCUUCCAGCCACUCUGCCGACGUCAGCCCAAACAACAACCCCAAUUCCAUCGGUUGAACAAUUCACUGUCAAUUUCACCGUCACCAACCUCAAAUACAGGGAAGAGAUGGGAAUUCAGAAUUCCAAAAUAUUCAAUGCAACGGAGAGUGAUCUCCGCCGCCUGGUAAGCCUGACUCCAUGGCAGUUAGCAAGGGAUGUGUGGAUAAAUUUAUACACUUUCUGUAGGGUGGAAUAUGCUCAAUGUCUCUUUCCUUCCUCAGCUUGACAGAAUUCUCCUCAACAGCAGCAUUGGCCCGGCAUAUCUGAGGUGCAGAGUGACUCAACUCAGGUAAGCCUUCCUCAAAGGUGAGAACAUAUCUGCUCUGCUGGCAACCCAGGCAAACAAGGUUGGCAUCUUCUGUCCUCCCUUGUCCAUAUCUGUGGUCAAUCCUGAAUCCUGAUUUCCCUCUCCUCCCAGACCGGUGAGAGAUGGGGAUGAAACCGGAAUGGACGCCGUCUGCACUUACCGCAACGACUCCACCACGCCCGUCUUUGACCGAGUGAAGUUGUACCACGAGAUCGUCAACCAGACCAACGGUUUCACUGAGAUGGGGCAAUACUAUCUGGAAAGAUACAGCCUCUACGUCAACGGUAGCUGAGUGGUUUCUAAGCUUUGGAUGUGCAUCAAUUAUCUGGAUGUGUGUGGAUGUGUGUGUGUAUCCAUGAAUGUUAAUAAAAGCAACACAGCAGUAUCCCCAGCCCAGCCUUCUCCAGAAGCCAAAUUUCUGAGACAGAAUGCUGUGGACUUUGAUGAAUAUGAUACUGUGUGUUGUUUGGGUAGAACGGGGCUAAUCGUGAUGCAGAGAUAUGACUAUGGAGGUUUUCACCAGAUGUUGUGUGAGGGUCUGAGGCUCCCUUGGCAGUGAGAUGAUUUUCUCAUAGAAGUGAAGGAUGUUCAUUCCUGUGUACAGACAAUGCACCGUCCAAAAUAGUGAGAAAUCCCAACCAGUUACUAUUAUCUUUGAAAAGCCUGUUUGUUGUAUUACAUUAUGCAAUUUCCUGAAUUAACGUCUCUCCCAUUUCCAUAGGUUAUCAUGAAACCCCUCCUGAAAUGAGUAAGUAGAACCAAAUUUAAAUUCUGAAAACAACACCCCAAUCUGAUAAAAACAGGGAAAAGAGUGAUGGGAUGGGGGGGGGGGUGAUUUGGAAAUUGCACCAGGGGAAGGAUAGCAACGUGAGCACUCUUUGGUUUGUUUGUUUGUUUGUUUGUUUGUUUGUUUGUUUGAUUGAUUAGAUUUCCAAAUCUUGCCAUGUGAUCGACUUCUGGUUGACAUUCAAAAUAUUUGAAUCUGUUAAGAAGGGGAUAUAUUGUUUGAGAAUAUGGAGUUUCAUGACCUUUGUUUUAAUUCUUGCAUUCUGAAUAUUGCUUUGUUUCGUUUUCUUUUCCUCAAUUUUCAGUCACACAAUUCCAUCAACUUCUUGUUGAAAUUAAAAGUAUUUCAUUCUCUUAACGAGGAAACAUAUAUUGUUUGAGUCCUGGGAGUUUGAUGUCUUGCAUUUUAAUUAUUGUAUUCUGGGAAUUCCUUCAUUUGAUUUCCUCUUGUUUUAACUAUUCUGCUUUCCCCUUGGGAAGGGUGGAAUGGAAAUAUAUGAAAUACCUAUGUGUGUUCCAGCCACUCUGCCCACACCUGCCCAAACAACAACCCCAAUUCCAUCGGUUGAACAAUUCACCGUCAAUUUCACCGUCACCAACCUCAAGUACAGGGAAGAGAUGGGACAUCCCAAUUCUACAGUGUUCAACACAACGGAAAGAGCACUCAUCGCAGUGGUAAGUCUGAUUGCGACUGCUUGUGAGAACGGCUUGUGAGGAGGGGAAGACCAGGCUCUUGUUUUGAUGUCGUGUCUCAUUCCUCUCUCAGCUUGGCAGAUUCCUCAGCAACAGCAGCAUUGGCCCUGCAUAUCUGGGGUGCAGAGUGACUCAACUCAGGUAAGUCUUCCUCCAAUGGGAACACACCUUGCCAGUGGGACUCCAUCCUUUCUUCCCUUGUGGACCAUUCUGCAUCCUGAAUGAUCUCCCUCUCUCUUUGUCCUCCCAGACCAGUGAAGAACGGGGAUGAAACUGGAAUGGACGCCGUCUGCACUUACCGCAAUGACUCCACCAGCCCCGUCUUUGACCGAGUGAAGGUGUACCACGAGAUCGUCAACCAGACGGACAACUUCAGCAAGAUGGGGCCCUAUGAGGUGGAAAGAUACAGCCUCUACGUCAAUGGUAAACAAGUUGUGGAGCUCUUGAUGUGCAUAGCUUGUCCGUAUGUGUGUGUGUGUGUUGUGCAGUACCCCCAAGCCCAGCCUUCAUCUGAGUCAAUGUUUGCAGAGAUAUUAGGAUCCCUGCUUGCGAACUAAAUGCUGGGGUAUUUACAAGUGAUUUUGUUCCUGCUUGAGUUGCUGUGCCAAUCUGGGUGCAGGGAUGACGCUAUGACGUUUUUGUCCUCUGCCCAGGAGGCCUCCCCAUGUCAUGAAAGUGUCCAAAGCUGAUUGAGGUGAUUGUCAUGUGAUGGACAUGAUUGUGUCAUAAUACGUGUGAAAUGCUUCUCACUGCCUCUGCUUAGUGCAUCUUCUGAAUACAGGAGGACAUAACUAUUCUCCUGCCCCAGAAAAAAACCCUCCAUAUUUUAAACAUCAAUAUAUUGAGAGCUUCUCAAAUGACCAUCUCUUACUUUUCUGUAGGUUAUCAUGAAGACCCUCCUAAAACAAGUAAGUAGAACCACAUUGAAAUUUUAACACAACACCCCCCUUCUGACAAUCAGAGUAGCUGAUGUUGACAAUGCAUGAGUGGAAGAGUAACAAAAUGAAGCUUCUUUGAUUCAAGUGAUUCAUUUGUUAGAUUUAUCAGUCUCACCAUGUGAUCAACACCAAGUUGACAUUGCAAAUAUUUCAAUCUGUUCAGAAGGGAUAUAUAGUUUGAGAAUAUGAAGUUUCAUGGCCUUUGUUUUAAUUCUUGCAUUCUGAAUAUUGCUUUAUUUGGUUUUCUUUUCUCAAUUCACAUUUACACCAUCCCACCGACUUUUGUUGAAAUUAAAAGUAUUUCAUUCUCUUAACGAGGAAACAUAUGUUGUGUGAGACCUGGGAGUUUGAUGUCUUGCAUUUUAAUUAUUGUAUUCUGGGAAUUCCUUCAUUUGAUUUUCUCUUGCUUUAACUUUUCUGCUUCCCCUUUGGGAAGGGUGCAAUGGAAAUUUAUGAAAUACCUAUGUCUGUUCCAGCCACUCUGCCCACACCUGCCCAAACAACAACCCCAAUUCCAUCGGUUGAACGAUUCACCGUCAAUUUCACCGUCACCAACCUCAAGUACAGGGAAGAGAUGGGACAUCCCAAUUCUACAGUGUUCAACACAACGGAAAGAGCACUCAUUGCAGUGGUAAGUCUGAUAGCGACUGCUUGUGAGAACGGCUUGUGAGGAGGGGAAGACCAGGCUCUUGUUUUGAUGUCGUGUCUCAUUCCUCUCUCAGCUUGGCAGAUUCCUCAGCAACAGCAGCAUUGGCCCUGCAUAUCUGGGGUGCAGAGUGACUCAACUCAGGUAAGUCUUCCUCCAAUGGGAACACACCUUGCCAGUGGGACUCCAUCCUUUCUUCCCUUGUGGACCAUUCUGCAUCCUGAAUGAUCUCCUUCUCUUUGUCCUCCCAGACCAGUGAAGAACGGGGAUGAAACUGGAAUGGACGCCGUCUGCACUUACCGCAAUGACUCCACCAGCCCCGUCUUUGACCGAGUGAAGGUGUACCAUGAGAUCGUCAACCAGACGGACAACUUCAGCAAGAUGGGGCCCUAUGAGGUGGAAAGAUACAGCCUCUACGUCAAUGGUAAACAGGUUGUGGAGCCCUUGAUGUACAUAUAUUGUCUCUCUGUGUGUGUUUUGUGCAGUACCCUCAAGCCCAGCCUUCAUCUGAGCCAAUGUUUACAGAGAUAUUAGGAUCGCUGCUUGUGAACUGAAUGCUAUGGUAUUUUCCAGUGAUUUUGUACCUGCUUGAGUUGCUUUGCCAAUCUGGGUGCAGGGAUGAUGCUAUGACGUUUUUGUCCUCUGCCCAGGAGGCCUCCCCAUGUCAUGAAAGUGUCCAAAGCUGAUUGAGGUGAUUGUCAUGUGAUGGACAUGAUUGUGUCAUAAUGCGUGUGAGAUGCUUCUCACUGCCUCUGCUUAGUGCAUCUUCUGAAUACAGGAGGACAUAACUAUUCUCCUGCCCCAGAAAAAAACCCUCCAUAUUUUAAACAUCAAUAUAUUGAGAGCUUCUCAAAUGACCAUCUCUUACUUUUCUGUAGGUUAUCAUGAAGACCCUCCUGAAACAAGUAAGUAGAACCACAUUGAAAUUGUAACACAACACCCCCCUUCUGACAAUCAGAGUAGCUGAUGUUGACAAUGCAUGAGUGGAAGAGUAACAAAAUGAAGCUUCUUUGAUUCAAGUGAUUCAUUUGUUAGAUUUAUCAGUCUCACCAUGUGAUCAACACCAAGUUGACAUUGCAAAUAUUUCAAUCUGUUCAGAAGGGGAUAUAUAGUUUGAGAAUAUGAAGUUUCAUGGCCUUUGUUUUAAUUCUUGCAUUCUGAAUAUUGCUUUAUUUGGUUUUCUCAAUUCACAUUUACACCAUCCCACCGACUUUUGUUGAAAUUAAAAGUAUUUCAUUCUCUUAACGAGGAAACAUAUGUUGUGUGAGACCUGGGAGUUUGAUGUCUUGCAUUUUAAUUAUUGUAUUCUGGGAAUUCCUUCAUUUGAUUUUCUCUUGUUUUAACUUUUCUGGUUCCCCUUUGGGAAGGGUGCAAUGGAAAUUUAUGAAAUACCUAUGUCUGUUCCAGCCACUCUGCCCACACCUGCCCAAACAACAACCCCAAUUCCAUCGGUUGAACAAUUCACUGUCAAUUUCACCGUCACCAACCUCAAGUACAGGGAAGAGAUGGGACAUCCCAAUUCUACAGUGUUCAACACAACGGAAAGAGCACUUAUCGCAGUGGUAAGUCUGAUAGCGACUGCUUGUGAGAACAGCUUGUGAGGAGGGGAAGACCAGGCUCUUGUUUUGAUGUCGUGUCUCAUUCCUUUCUCAGCUUGGCAGGUUCCUCAGCAACAGCAGCAUUGGCCCUGCGUAUCUGGGGUGCAGAGUGACUCAGCUCAGGUAAGUCUUCCUCCAAUGGGAACACACCUUGCCAGUGGGACUCCAUCCUUUCUUCCCUUGUGGACCAUUCUGCAUCCUGAAUGAUCUCCCUCUCUCUUUGUCCUCCCAGACCAGUGAAGAACGGGGAUGAAACUGGAAUGGAUGCCGUCUGCACUUACCGCAAUGACUCCACCAGCCCCGUCUUUGACCGAGUGAAGGUGUACCACGAGAUCGUCAACCAGACGGACAACUUCAGCAAGAUGGGGCCCUAUGAGGUGGAAAGAUACAGCCUCUACGUCAAUGGUAAACAAGUUGUGGAGCUCUUGAUGUGCAUAGCUUGUCCGUAUGUGUGUGUGUGUUUUGUGCAGUACCCCCAAGCCCAGCCUUCAUCUGAGUCAAUGUUUGCAGAGAUAUUCAGACCCUUUCUUGCAAACUAAAUGCUGGGGUAUUUUCAAGUAAUUUUGUUCCUGCUUGAGUUGCUGUGCGAAUCUGGGUGCAGGGAUGAUGCUAUGAGGUUUUUGUCCUCUGCCCAGGAGGCCUCCCCAUGUCAUGAAAGUGUCCAAAGCUGAUUGAGGUGAUUGUCAUGUGAUGGACAUGAUUGUGUCAUAAUACGUGUGAGAUGCUUCUCAUUGACUCUGCUUAGUGCAUCUUCCGAACACAGGAGGAGAUGCACAGGAGAACACAAUUCUCCUGCCCCAGAAAAAGAAACCUCCUUAUUUUAAACAUCAAUAUAUUGAGAGCUUCUCAAAUGACCGUCUCUUACUUUUCUGUAGGUUAUCAUGAAGACCCUCCUGAAACAAGUAAGUAGAACCACAUUGAAAUUUUAACACAACACACUCCCAGUGUAUCUUGUCCUUUUCUAGGUUACAAUGAAGCCCCUCUUGAAGCAAGUAAGUACCACCUAAGUAUUUUUAAGUAGAGUCUCUUACAACAUAGUCAGGGAUGAGUCUCAUGAUAUUAAAACUUUUGGUAAUAUAUCAUUGAACAGGGUGUCAAUAUGAGCACCCAUUAAUGUAUAGGAUAUAAUAAUUGUAUAAUGCUAUAAAUCUCUUGACCCUAGUACAUAUCUUUCUUCUCCUGUUCCAGCCACUUUGCCAGCACCAACACAGUCGCCAACCCCAAUCCCAACACUUGAACACUUCACCAUCAAUUGUACCGUAACCAACCUCAGAUACAAACCAGAAAUGGGAACGCCCAACUCAAAGGCCUUCAACGCUACAGAGAAAGUGCUCACCAUGCUGGUAAGUCUGAUUCUGGGCCACUUGUGAGAAUGGCAUGCAAUGAGGUGUGAGUGAGACUGUUGAUUUCACCAAUUAAGUGUUUCUUUUCUUCUUCAGUUUGGAAGAAUUCUCCGCAACAGCAGCAUUGGCCCGGCGUUCCUGGGAUGCGAAGUGACUCAGCUCAGGUAAGCCUUCCUCAAGUGCGGAAACAUAUAUCCUCUGGUCCUUUCUCACUCUGGCAACAGUGACUUCAUCCCUCCUCUGUUGUCCACCUUCAUGGUCUGUCCUACACCUGAAAUUCUUUCUCUCUCCUCCCAGACCGGUGAGAAAUGGGGAGGAAACUGGAAUGGACGCCGUCUGCACUUACCGCAAUGACUCCACCACGCCAGCCUUUGACCGGGUGAAGGUGUACCAUGAGAUUGUCAACCAGACGAGUGGCUUCACCAAGAUGGGUCCCUACAACAUGGAAAGAUACAGCCUCUACGUCAACGGUAGCCAAGAGAUUCUUAGUCACUUCAUGUGCAUAGAUUAACUGUCUGUGGUUUGUGUAAUGGAAUAGAAUAGACUGUCCUCUAAGCUCAGUUUUCUUGUUGUGUCCAUGCUUUCCUGAGAGAUGAGGCUCCUCACUCCCAAACUGAGGAUGUCACGUUUCAUAGGCAGAAGGAAAUUUGGGAAUGGGGCAUAGAGAAGGGGGAGCCUCCCCUAAGGAGGAUUGCGCUCAGAAGAAGUCUGGAUUGAACCCUUUUCAAGUGCCUACAACUACAACACCACUGUUUUGGUCCAAUCAUAACCAGCCUGUCUUCCUUUGUCCUAGGUUAUCAUGAGGUCCCAGCUAAAUCAAGUAAGUUUACUUUUAAAAAUCCUGCAUCUUAAAGCCCUUCAUGGCCCUUUCACCAAACCCAAGGAAAGAGUUAUAGAAAGGCAAUAGUGUUGGCCAUAUGUCAAUGGAAGAGCAUCUAUGUAAACACAUAUAAAUUGAUUGGUUGUUAUUUUGGUCAGUCACACCAUGCAGUGAACCACUAGCCUCUGCCUGAUCCAUUUAUUUCAUUUCCUGUGGUAGCCCCUCCACCAGCCCUGACACCAACCCCAGCCCUGGCAGUUGAACCCUUCACCGUCAACUGGACCGUAACCAACCUCAAGUAUAACCCAGAAAUGGGGACGCCCAAUUCAAAGGCCUUCAACGCUACAGAGAAAGCUCUCACCACGCUGGUAAGUCCAAUUCCUGCCCACUUGUGAGAAUAGCUUCCCAUGAUCCUAUAUGUUUGAUGUACUCAAUGCUUCCUUCAUUUUUCAGCUGGGAAGAAUUCUCCGCAACAGCAGCAUUGGCCCGGCGUAUGUGGGAUGCAAAGUGACUCAGCUCAGGUCAGCCAUCCUCAAACAUGGGAACCUUUUAGCUCUGAUCAUCCCUUGAACAGACACGAAUGAUCCUCUCACCCAACAGUUCCAACUGCUCAUAAUUCUGUUCAACAUCUCUCUCUCUUUCCUCCCAGACCUGUGAGUGAUGGGGAUGAAACCGGAAUGGACGCCGUCUGCACUUACCGCAACGACUCCACCACGCCCACCUUUGACCGGGUGAAGGUGUACCAUGAAAUUGUCAACCAGACCAGCGGUUUCACCAAGAUGGGUCCCUACAGCAUGGAAAGAUACAGCCUCUAUGUCAAUGGUAACCAGCUGUUUCCUAAUCAUCACGUGUGCACGCCUUAUCUCUGUGUGGGGUUUGUGUCAUAGUACAGAAAUAGACUGAGCUCAGUUUUCUUGUUGUGUCCAUGAUAUCCUGAGAGGUGAGGCCUCUCACUCCAUCAUCAUCAUCAUUUUUAAUUUGUAUACCGUCUUUCUAUCUUACAAUACUCAAGGCAGUUUACAAGCUGAAGAAACAAAAAAUGUACAUCUUAUAACAAUCUAAUGCAAUACAAAAAUGUGAUAAUAACAAUAACUUUAAAAUAGGCAGCCUACAUCAAAAAAGUAACAUUCAACAAUCAUUAGAAUAGUAUAAAAUAAUAAUAUCAAUGUCAGGUGGCUGUAGCGGUUGCUCGAGAGUAACAGGACCUGUGUUUUACAGGCUUUAUUUUUGUGCAAACUAUUUACAGUGAAGAGCCCCAAAGCUCAUGUCUGGCUCAGUUGCUAGCAGAAUCUGGGAGUGGUCUUUUUUUUUUAACCUCCCCCAACAUAAGAGUUUCGUUACCCCCAGCCGUCUCCUCCCCUCUCUGUGCCCCAAACUUCUGCGCAGAAUGGGCGAUGGCAAGGGCGUGUUUCCCUCCAGACCAGCUUGCCCAGAAGUGGUGUUAAGGCUCCUACCAGCGUCCUCUGGUCCUUGUACCUCUUCCCCACCGGAGGUGGGGCGCAAGAUUUUCGGAGGAUCCCUGUAACACAAACUGCCCUUCUAUUUCUCGCCUCUGAGCCGAUGGCAGUUCCCUAUCAAUCAACAUAUAAAAGUUAAACAGAAAUCCACUCAACAGUUACAAUAAAUGAUAUCUAAACUAUAAUCAAUAAAACAAUGGCAAGCCACAGUACAUAAAACAAUAAAAUACACAUUGGGAAGCAAAGACUAGAGGGUAGAGCAAGGCAGGUGGAAGGAGGGCUUGCCUGAUGGAGUCUCUCCCCUCAGUUCUUCCUUCAGGUACAGCUUCCUUCUGAGGGGAUUUCAUGUUUCAUAGGUGGAAAGAGGGGGGAAUGGAGAGGGGGGAGCCUCCCCUGAGGAGGAUUACACUCAGAGGAAGUCUGGAUUGAACCCUUUUCAAGUGUCUACAACUGAAACACCACUGUCUUGCUCCAUUCAUAAACCAGCUUGUCUUUCUUUGUCCUAGGUUAUAAUGAGGUUCCUGUUGCAUCAAGUAAGUACCAUAUCAUAAUCCUUAAAUUGUGUGCAUAGGUUGUAGAAUUUUUUCCACAUUUAUUAUGGUAUUUUUGUGAUACACAAACGACAUGAGAAUACUUGCUAUACUUGUUUGCAGGAUCUGAUUUCUUUCCGCAGGGCCUGUAAGACAGAGUUGUUCCGCCUGGUCUUUGGCUUGGAGCCAAUUUGAUUCCCUCCCUCUCUUUCCUUUUUCUUUUCCUUCUCCUCCUGCGUUGAGGCUACAUUUUAAUAUUUUAAUGUUUCAAUAUUUUAAUGCUGUAUUUUAAUUUUGUUUUUAAGUUGUAAUCACUCAACUUGUUUUUAUUAUUGCUUGUAAUCCGCUCUGAGCCCGGCCUUGGCUGGGGAGGGCGGGGUAUAAAUAAAAAUUAUAUUAUUAUUAUUAUUAAUAUUAUUAAUAUUAUUAUAACAUUAUUCUUGUUUAUAAAACCCAAUAAAAUAAAAAUAUAAACAAUAGUGCUCAUCAAGACAAACUCAAGGGAACUACUAAAAUGAGGGAGUCAGUAAUGGCCGUGGCUCAGUGGAAGAGCAUAAAUUUUAACAUGCUUUUGUUGAUUGCUUUGCUGUGUGUCACAAUCCCAUCACACAAUGUACCUCCUAUUCUUCCACUUGCAGCCACUCUGCCAACGCCAACCCCAACGCCAACCCCAGUGCCAACACUUGAACACUUCACCCUCAACUGUACCGUGACCAACCUCAGAUACAAGCCAGAAAUGGGAACUCCCAACUCAAAGGCCUUCAACGCUACAGAGAAAGCGCUCACCAUGCUGGUAAGUCUGAUCUCCAUCUACUUGUGAGAUUGGCAUGGGAUUUGUCGUGGGUGAUCCUGAUGAUUUCACCAAUUCAAUGUUUCCUUCCUUCUUCAGUUUGGAAGAAUUCUCCGCCAGAGCAGCAUUGGCCCAGCGUACCUGGGAUGCGAAGUGACUCAGCUCAGGUAAGCCUUCCUGAAGUGCGGAAAUGCAUAUCCUCUGGUCCUUUCUCACUCUGGCAAGAGGGACUUCCUCCCUCCUCUGUUUUCCACCUUUGUGGUCAGUCCUGCAUCCCAAAUUCUCUCUCUCUUUCCCCAGACCGGUGAGAGACGGGGAUGAAACCGGAAUGGACGCCGUCUGCACUUACCGCAACGACUCCACCACGCCCGCCUUUGACCGGGUGAAGGUGUACCACGAGAUCGUCAACCAGACCAGUGGUUUCACCAAGAUGGGUCCCUACAGCAUGGAAAGAUACAGCCUCUAUGUCAACGGUAGCCUAGUGCUUCUUGAAGAUUUCAUGUACAUAGAUUACCUCUCUGUGUGGGGUUUGUGCCGUAGUUACAGUUCAGGUAGUCCUGAGGGUCCCGUCUGGUCAUCAGGUUUAAUGUUUUCAGAGAGAUGAGGGCUCCAUCUCCAGAAUGACGUGCUUUCAAAUGGGCUGAAGGAAGCUGAAUUGGCUGCAGAGAUAGAUUGUGGAAGAGGUCAUCAACCACUGAGAAGGAUGCCUCCUCCCUGUUGCUGCCCCUAUUACUGCACCAUGUAGCCCAUGUUCAAGAAGCUUUCCUAAUCCCCACAGAGCUGGUUGGGAGGGAGAUAGAUUGGAGGACCCCCACCUUCCAAGCAAUACACCACACAAGGGAAUUCUGGAUGCAACCAGUUCUAUUCUUUGCCAGAAUCUCCAUCUGAAACACCACUGUCUUGCCUCAUUAAUAAACCUGUGUAUCUUCUUUUUCCCCAGGUUACCAUGAGGUCCCAGCUAAAUCAAGUAAGUUUACUUUUAAAAAUCCUACAUCUUAAAGCCCUUCAUGGCCCUUUCACCAAACCCAAGGAAGUUAUAGGAAGGCAAUAGUGUUGGCCGUUUGUCAAUUGAAGAGCAUCUAUGUGAACACAUAUAAAUUGAUUGGUUGUUAUUCUGAUCAGUCACACCAUGCAAUGAGGUGCUAGCCUCUGCCUGAUCCAUUUAUUUCAUUUCCUGUGGUAGCCCCUCCACCAGCCCUGACACCAACCCCAGCCCUGGCAGUUGAACCCUUCACCGUCAACUGGACCGUAACCAACCUCAAGUAUAACCCAGAAAUGGGGACGCCCAAUUCAAAGGCCUUCAACGCUACAGAGAAAGCUCUCACCACGCUGGUAAGUCCAAUUCCUGCCCACUUGUGAGAAUAGCUUCCCAUGAUCCUAUUGGUUUGAUGUACUCAAUGCUUCCUUCAUUUUUCAGCUGGGAAGAAUUCUCCGCAACAGCAGCAUUGGCCCGGCGUAUGUGGGAUGCAAAGUGACUCAGCUCAGGUCAGCCAUCCUCAAACACAGGAACCUUUUAGCUCUGAUCAUCCCUUGAACAGACACGAAUGAUCCUGUCCCGCCAACCGUUCCAACUGCUCAUAAUUCUGUUCAACAUCUCUCUCUCUUUCCUCCCAGACCUGUGAGUGAUGGGGAUGAAACUGGAAUGGACGCCGUCUGCACUUAUCGCAACGACUCCACCACGCCCGCCUUUGACCGGGUGAAGGUGUACCACGAGAUCGUCAACCAGACCAGUGGUUUCACCAAGAUGGGUCCCUACAGCAUGGAAAGAUACAGCCUCUACGUCAACGGUAACCAGCUGUUUCCUAAUCAUCUCGUGUGCAUGCCUUAUCUCUGUGUGGGGUUUGUGUCAUACUACAGAAAUAGACUCUCCUCUGAGCUCAGUUUUCUUGUUGUGUCCAUGAUUUCCUGAGAGAUGAGGCCUCUCACUCCAGAACUGAGAGCUCUGUAAAUGGGGAAUUCAUGUUUCAUAGGCAGAAGGAACUUUGGGAAUGGGGAAUGGAGAGGGGGGAGCCUCCCCUGAGGAGGAUUACACUCAGUGGAAGUCUGGAUUGAAGCCUUUUCAAGUGUCUACAACUGAAACACCACUGUCUUGGUCCAUUCAUAAACCAGCAUGUCUUUCUUUGUCCUAGGUUAUAAUGAGGUUCCUGUUGCAUCAAGUAAGUACCAUAUCGUUAUCCUUAAAUUGUGCUCCUCAUGACAAACUCAAGGGAAGCAGUUAUAUGAAGGUGUCAGUAAUGGCCGUGGCUCAGUGGAAGAGCAUAAAUUUUAACAUGCUUUUGUUGAUUGCUUUGCUGUGUGUCACAAUCCCAUCACACGAUGCCUCUACCUGAUCCUAUUCUUCCACUUGCAGCCACUCUGCCAACGCCAACCCCAACGCCAACCCCAAUGCCAACACUUGAACACUUCACCCUCAACUGUACCGUAACCAACCUCAGAUACAAGCCAGAAAUGGGAACUCCCAACUCAAAGGCCUUCAACGCUACAGAGAAAGCGCUCACCAUGCUGGUAAGUCUGAUUCCCAUCUACUUGUGAGACUGGCAUGGGACGUGUUGUGGGUGAUCCUGAUGAUUUCACCAAUUCAAUGUUUCCUUCCUUCUUCAGUUUGGAAGAAUUCUCCGCCAGAGCAGCAUUGGCCCAGCGUACCUGGGAUGCGAAGUGACUCAGCUCAGGUAAGCCUUCCUCAAGUGCGGAAACGCAUAUCCUCUGGUCCUUUCUCACUCUGGCAAGAGGGACUUCCUCCCUCCUCUGUUUUCCACCUUUGUGGUCAGUCCUGCAUCCCAAGUUCUCUCUCUCUUUUCCCAGACCGGUGAGAGACGGGGAUGAAACCGGAAUGGACGCCGUCUGCACUUACCGCAACGACUCCACCACGCCCGCCUUUGACCGGGUGAAGGUGUACCACGAGAUCGUCAACCAGACCAGCGGUUUCACCAAGAUGGGUCCCUACAGCAUGGAAAGAUACAGCCUCUACGUCAAUGGUAACCAGCUGUUUCCUAAUCAUCUCGUGUGCACGCCUUAUAUCUGUGUGGGGUUUGUGUCAUACUACAGAAAUAGACUCUCCUCUGAGCUCAGUUUUCUUGUUGUGUCCAUGAUUUCCUGAGAGAUGAGGCCUCUCACUCCAGAACUGAGAGCUCUGUAAAUGGGGAAUUCAUGUCUCAUAGGCAGAAGGAACUUUGGGAAUGGAGAAUGGAGAGGGGGGAGCCUCCCCUGAGGAGGAUUACACUCAGUGGAAGUGUGGAUUGAACCCUUUUCAAGUGUCUACAACUGAAACACCACUGUCUUGGUCCAUUCAUAAACCCGCAUGUCUUUCUUUGUCCUAGGUUAUAAUGAGGUUCCUGUUGCAUCAAGUAAGUACCAUAUCAUUAUCCUUAAAUUGUGCUCCUCAUGACAAACUCAAGGGAAGCCGUUAUAUGAAGGUGUCAGUAAUGGCCGUGCCAAAGUGGAAGAGCAUAAAUUUUAACAUGCUUUUGUUGAUUGCUUUGCUGUGUGUCACAAUCCCAUCACACAAUGUACCUCCUAUUCUUCCACUUGCAGCCACUCUGCCAACGCCAACACAAACGCCAACCCCAAUGCCAACACUUGAACACUUCACCCUCAACUGUACCGUAACCAACCUCAGAUACAAGCCAGAAAUGGGAACUCCCAACUCAAAGGCCUUCAACGCUACGGAGAAAGCGCUCACCAUGCUGGUAAGGCUGAUUCCCAUCUACUUGUGAGAUUGGCAUGGGACGUGUUGUGGGUGAUCCUGAUGAUUUCACCAAUUCAAUGUUUCCUUCCUUCUUCAGUUUGGAAGAAUUCUCCGCCAGAGCAGCAUUGGCCCAGCGUACCUGGGAUGCGAAGUGACUCAGCUCAGGUAAGCCUUCCUCAAGUGCGGAAAUGCAUAUCCUCUGGUCCUUUCUCACUCUGGCAAGAGGGACUUCCUCCCUCCUCUGUUUUCCACCUUUGUGGUCAGUCCUGCAUCCCAAAUUCUCUCUCUCUUUCCCCAGACCGGUGAGAGACGGGGAUGAAACCGGAAUGGACGCCGUCUGCACUUACCGCAACGACUCCACCACGCCCGCCUUUGACCGGGUGAAGGUGUACCAUGAGAUCGUCAACCAGACCAGCGGUUUCACCAAGAUGGGUCCCUACAGCAUGGAAAGAUACAGCCUCUACGUCAACGGUACAUAGAAUCAUAGAAUCAUAGAAUCAUAGAGUUGGAAGAGACCACAAGGGCCAUCGAGUCCAACCCCCUGCCAAGCAGGAAACACCAUCAGAGCACUCCUGACAUAGAAUCAUAGAAUCAUAGAAUCAUAGAGUUGGAAGAGACCACAAGGGCCAUCGAGUCCAACCCCCUGCCAAGCAGGAAACACCAUCAGAGCACUCCUGACAUAUGGUUGUCAAGCCUCUGCUUAAAGACCUCCAAAGAAGGAGACUCCACCACACUCCUUGGCAGCAAAUUCCACUGUCAAACAGCUCUUACUGUCAGGAAGUUCUUCCUAAUGUUUAGGUGGAAUCUUCUUUCUUGUAGUUUGGAUCCAUUGCUCCGUGUCCGCUUCUCUGGAGCAGCAGAAAACAACUUUUCUUCCUCUUCUAUGUGACAUCCUUUUAUAUAUUUGAACAUGGCUAUCAUAUCACCCCUUAACCUCCUCUUCUCCAGGCUAAACAUGCCCAGCUUCCUUAGCCGUUCCUCAUAAGGCAUCGUUUCCAGGUCUUUGACCAUUUUGGUUGCCCUCCUCUGGACACGUUCCAGUUUGUCAGUGUCCUUCUUGAACUGUGGUGCCCAGAACUGGACACAGUGUUGGUUUUUAAAGAAGAUUUAGUAGUAAGGGGUUGGGGCGUGUUUGCAUUAUUCUAAUGCUUCUGAAUGCUUUUUGUGGCUCUACACUUUGGAGUAAGGGGUGGCAAGUUAGGAAGUUUGGGAAACUUUGCGCAUCAGGUUGUUCCUUCACAUUCAGGGAGGAAUAACCAGGUGCAGAAAGGAGAAUUGGGGAGGCAUCUGGCUUGACAGCAUGUGAAAAAAGUCUAGGUGUCUUAGUAAACAACAAGCUUAACAUGUAUCAACAGGGUGAGACCGCAGCCAAAAUGUGAAUGCUAUUCUAGGCAGCAUCAACAGAAGUCUAGUGUCGAUAUCAAGGGAAGUCAUAGUCCCACUCUGUUCUGCCUUGGUCAGACCACACCUGGAAUACGGUGUCCAAUUCUGGGCACUACAAUUUAAGAAGGAUGUUGGCAUGUGCAGAAGAGGGUGACCAAUAAGGGCCUGGAAACCAAACCUUAUGAAGAAUAGUUGAGAGAGUUGGGUAAGUUUAGUGUGGAGAAGAGGAGACUGAGAGGAGAUAGGAUAGCCAUUUUCAAGCAUUGGAAGGGCGAGGAAAUAUCUGAACAUGGAAGAUGGGGAAAGCUUGUUUUCUGCUGCACCAGAGGGUAGGACACAAACUUGUUUUCUGCUGCACCAGAGGGUAGGACACAAACAAAUAGGUUCAAAUGACAAGAAAAGAGAUUGUGACUAAACAUCAGGAAUAACUUUCUGAUGGUGAGAGCUGUUCAACAGUGGAAGAGUGGGUCUUGGAACAUGGUUGGCUCUGUGCCUUUGAUUGUGUAUUUGUAACGGCUUCCUAGGAUAUUGGGGGGGGGGGUUCCAAGUGGCCAUGGGCAAGUGCAUCUUGUAGACCAGGGAUCAAAGCAAGAAUUCUUUCAUCACAUUCAUUCUAACACAAACCAUUCCUUCCUUUCCUUUUGCCUAGGCUAUAACGAACAGCCUCGCGAAACAAGUAAGUACCGCAUUGGAAACCUGAUUUUGAGUCCAUUCAGAACAUGGAGGGCAAGGAAGGAGAACCGGGGGUGACGGUCUCGUGAUAGAGCUUCAACAGAAGACGGUCAAGAUAUCAUUGUUUUCCUUUCCAGCGGUUUUGCCCCCAGUGCCAACCAAAGCACCAACCCCAACCCCACCCCUGGCGGUUGAACGAUUCACUGUGAACUGCACCGUAACCAACCUCAGAUACAAGCCGGAGAUGGGAACUCCCAAUUCGAAGGCAUUCAACUCCACAGAGAAAGCACUCACCACUCUGGUAAGACUGGUUCCAGUUGGCGUCGAUUGUUUGGGAUGCUGUGGUGGUGUUCCCUGGUAGUUUGACCUCCACUGACAGGCUAGGACUUUUUUUCUUCUUUAUUUAGACAGGCAUUUGGUAAGAGUUGGGUUAGGAUCCACUUGCCAAAAUUGAUUCUCGUAAGGUGAGGAGCAUCUAGGUUCAAUGUACUCAAUGUAUCUUGUCUUUUUUCCCAGCUUGGCAGAAUCUUCUCCGUAGGCAGUAUCGGCCCAGAGUAUUCGGGAUGCAAAGUCACAGCUUUGAAGUAAGCCUUGCUUUUUUCCUGAGUCACGCAGAGUGAUGCAGCGGUUUCACCCUCGAAGCCCUAGUGAUGAAGUAGAAUCCACACACGAGACUUUGAAGAUGACUCUUUACUUGCAGGAUGGCAGCUAUUACAAGCAAUAUCAUACAUAUAUGCUAAGUCCAAUGCAACGCAUCUCACUCUCUUGAGUCCAAGAGAGGAUCUUCUAACUUCCCAAACUCCUUUGAAGCAGCCCAUAUAUUAUAGCUUGUCUGUCCUCACCAGACAUACUCAUGGUCACUUGUCUGUCCUCCUUCAGACAUACUCACGGUCACUUUUAAAGGGCAUUAACACAUUGACAAGCCCACGAUUCAGCAUUUCUGUGCCCUUAAUUGGAGUUACAAGAUUUUGCAGGCAUUACAUUACAUUAGUAAAGGUAAAGGUAAAGGGACCCCUGACCAUUAGGUCCAGUCGUGACCAACUCUGGGGUUGCGGUGCUCAUCUCGCUUUACUGGCCUAGGGAGCCAGCGUCCAGCUUCUGGGUCAUGUGGCCAGCAUGACUAAGCUGCUUCUGGCAAACCAGAGCAGCGCACAGAAACGCCGUUUGCCUUCCCGCCGGAGCGGUACCUAUUUAUCUACCUGCACUUUGGCGUGCUUUAGAACUGCUAGGUUGGCAGGAGCAGGGACUGAGCAACGAGAGCUCAUCCCGUCACGGGGAUUCGAACUGCUGACCUUCUGAUUGGCAAAUCCUAGGCUCUGUGGUUUAAGCCACAGCGCCACCUGCGUCCAUUACAUUACAUUACAUAGGUUUUAUUUUCCCCAGCACAACUUAUUCUUUGUAAAAUACAUUUUCUAAUAAAUACAGUACAAAUACCAAAAGGCAGGUAAUGGGGAAGUGAAGGUAGUGAAUCUGGCCCUGGAGAGUGGAGAAUACCAAGCUAGAUGGUCUGACUGAGUAUGGGGCAGCUUCCUGAGCUCCUGUUUAACCUAGAGGACUAGAAUCUUGUACUACAUUUAGAAGAAAGACCAUAACUUGGUUGCUGAGCGUCUGCUAUCCAAGCAGUAGGCCCCAGACUCAGUCCUCAGCACCUCUGGAUAGGGCAGGGUGGUAAGGAAGACUGCUGGAGAGGUGCUGCCAAUCAGUGUGGACAAUAUUGAGCUUGAUGGACCAGUCGGUAUAAGUCAGUUCCCUGGGUUCCUAGUUAAACCAGCCAUUGUUCAAAAUCAUGAGAACUAGCGGCUUCCUAUGCCCUUCUGUUCCUAACAAUUCAAUACUCCUUUCUCUUGACCCACAAACCCUCUCUGCUAAAACCCUCUCUUUCCUUCUCCCUCUCCUCUCAGACCGGUGAGAGACGGGGAUGAAACCGGAAUGGACGCCGUCUGCACUUACCGCAACGACUCCACCACGCCCGCCUUUGACCGGGUGAAGGUGUACCAUGAAAUCGUCAACCGGACCAGCGGUUUCACCAAGAUGGGUCCCUACAGCAUGGAAAGAUACAGCCUCUACGUCAAUGGUAGAAACUGAUUAUAUAUUUUGUGGUUUUCUAUUUUGAUUUUGUUCUGUGAACCACCCUGAGACCUCCAGGUAUGGCGUGGUAUAUAAAUUCAGUAAAUGAUAAUAAUAAAAUAAUGGUAGCCAAAUUUAAAGUGAAAUGAAAAAAAUGAAACGAAACGACAUUGGCCAAAUAGUUUUUAUGCAUUUCACGUGUGUUGAAUAUCUGUGGGUGUGUUUGCAGUGUUGCCAAAGGCUCAUUCCGGCACAGUAUGGGAGCAGUGUGCUCUGCCAUAAUGGGAAUCCUUUUUCACACAACAUUUAUUGUGCUUUCCUUAUAUAUAUGGAGGGGGUUUGGUGUGUGUGUGUUCUCACAGGUGCCUGCAUAUUGUAAUCAGGGAUCGUCGUAAUAAUUCUUUCUCCCCCUUGACUUUCAUGCCAGAUAGAUAGCUAGAUAAAUUUAUUACGGUCGGAGACCAGCUUAUAAAACACACUUGGGGGUACAAUCCCAGAAGUAAAACAAACAUUUAAAACAAUGUACAACAGUAGAUUUAAAAUUUAUAAAUGCGAUAAGCGUAUAGACACCUAAAACUUUAAGAUAAGCUACCGCAGAGAGAUGACCCAGAGUCACCCAUGGAACCAUGUUUGGGGAUUUUCUUAACGAACUAGUUUGGGUUGGGGGAUGGUCUGCACCUACAGAUCUGUACACAGAAUCUGGCGACCAUCCCGGCCAUCUUAUGAUCUUUGCCUAACAGGAAAAGGUCAAAUUUUUGCUUUUCCGGGAGGUCAGCGAGCCUCACCAGCAGGGGAUCAGUGGUCUCACUACGUGCCUCUUCCUAAAAGGGACAUCUAAAGAACAAGUGCUCUGGGCUUCCUAUAUCCCCACAAUGAACAAGAACAAAGUCUCUGAGCAUAUGGGACUUUUUAAAAGGCUCCUUCCAGGACCGGCGAGGGCAGAGCCGAGCUUCUGGCGAAUGUAAAAGCCCUUCUUGCAUUUUUGGAUACAAGAAAGAAGCGAUAUGCUGCUGACUUUCAUGCUAAUUGCUCUUAUCUUACCUUUUUGCCUAGGCUACAAUGAGCAACCUCUCAAACCAAGUAAGUCCCACAAUCAAAUCCUAACUUGGAGUCUGUUCAGAACGUGGGGAGAGGGGAAGGGGAGCCAGAAGAUGUUGGGUCUCUUGCAGAGCUUCAGUGGAAGAGCAUUGGUUUACAGCUGUUUUCCUUUCCAGCUGUUUCACGCUUGGUGACCAAAGCACCAACCCCGACCCCAGCCCUGGCAGUUGAACAGUUCACCAUGAACUGCACUGUAACCAACCUCAGAUACAAACCAGAGAUGGGAACUCCCAAUUCGAAGGCGUUCAACUCCACAGAGAAAGCACUCACCACUCUGGUAAGACUAGUUCCAGUUGGCGUUGAUUGUUUGGGAUGCUUUGGUGGUGUUCCCUGGUAGUUUGACCUCCAAUAGUAGGCUAGGACCUUUAAGACAUAAGCUUUGGUCCAUAAACUGGCUAUUAAUUAGGUUGUAACUGUUGGGAUGUGACUUGAUGCUAAAUUUAUUAGAUAUUAUCUUCCCUUCCUCAUGUUUGUGAGUUCAACAGCUUGAAAGGGAAGCUUAGACCAGCUAAUUUUAGCCUUAAUCCAGGAUGCUUUAAGGCAGACUGGAUUCUCCUGGUAUUUCCCCUUAAAAUAACAAUCACACAAUCUCGUAAAAGGUACAAAUAACAUUUACUCACUCGGAAUAUUGGAUUCAAAAUAACAAUACUCAACGGAUCCUUUCUUUUUCAGUUUGGAAGAGUCCUCCGCAGUAGCAGUAUCGGCCCGGCGUAUAUGGGAUGCAAAGUGUCAACUCUGAGGUCAGCCUUCCUUUUACUUGUAGACAUUUCAGCUUUGAUCAUCUCUUCCCCAGCCAGCAGCAGCUUCAUUCCUUUCGGACCCACCCCUUGGGCCAGUUCCAAAGGCUCCUGCUCAAAUCCUUUCUCUUGCCUUCCAGACCGGUGCAAAAAGGGGACGAAACUGGGAUGGACGCCGUCUGCUCUUACCGGAACAGCUCCGCUGCCCCGGUGUUCGACCGAGUGAAUGUGUAUCACGAAAUCGUUAACCGGACAAGUGGCUUCACCAAGAUGGGGCCCUACGACUUGGAGAGAUACAGUCUCUACAUUAACGGUAGCGUUUUUGGGCAUUUGCUCAUCGUGCUAUAGAUUGCCUCAGGCGCCAUGCUUUUGAGUGGCCUUCCCAUUGGGGUGUCAAGGGGCUAACAGGAAGAUCAGGUCAUUCACAGGUCAAAGAGGAAGACAGGAGUCUAUCGCGCAUUUAGUUUCUUUAUUAAGGGAGAGAGAAAAGACUGUAUUUUUCGCUCUAUAGGACACACCGGACCAUAGGACGCACCGGACCAUAGGAGGGGGAGAAUGGGGGGGGGGAUUCUCCGCCUCUCCGCUCAGCGCCCCUUCAGCAAAGUGGCAGGAGAAACGGAGCCCCUUCCAUUUCUCCUCCCGCUUCGCUGAAGGGGCGCUGCGCAGAGAGGGAAAACUGUGCAGCGCCUCUCCAGCGAAGCGAAGCCUGGAGAGCAAGAGGGAUCGGUGUGCACCGACCCCUCUCGCUCUCCAGGCUUCAGGCGGCUAUGCGCAAGCCUUCCAAGCGCAGCCUUCCUGCUGCGCUCCGAAGGCUUGCGGAUAGCUGCCUGAAGCCCCUGGAGCGCAGCCUUUGAAGCCUCCGCAGAGCAGCGGGGUGAAGGCACUCCGCUGCCCUGCGGAGGCUUUGCUCAGCCAUCCCCAAGCUAGAACAGCGAGACGGAGUGCUCCGUCUCGCUGUUCUGGCUUCGGGGACAGCCUUUGUAGCCCCCGUCUCCCUGUUCUGGCUUUGGGCUUAGCUGCGCAGCCUGCAUUCGCUCUAUAGGACGCACACACAUUUCCCCUUAAUUUUUGGAGGGAAAAAAGUGCAUCCUAUAGAGCAAAAAAUACAGUACAAGGAGGCACCAAUCCCAAUAUGGAGAGCUGCAGGGCAGAGGGGAGGGAGAAUCUUGCCUAUUUUCCUGCUGGUUUUGCCUUAAAGAAAAAUGCUGCAAUGUCUUCUUUUUCUCUCCACAAACUAUCACCUCUUCUCUUUCCCCCCCGCAGGAUAUAAUGAAGUCCCUCUGGAACCAUGUAAGUAGAACUACGAAAGGCUGUAGAAUCCUUACAAGAGGCAUAUGGAUGCCUUGAUAAUGGCUCUAAUGGGAAUGAAGUGUAAACCUGUUAGUUCUGCAUUGAAAUGAGAGCCAAGCUGAAUUUUCUCCCUCUUGCCUAAGACUGCCUCCGUCUCCACUUUAUUCCAGCAACAACUCAGACCCCCCCAGCUCGGGCAAUGGAGCACUUCACCGUCAAUUACACUGUCACCAACCUCAAAUACAAGUCGGAGAUGGGAAUUCCGCAUUCGAAGGUCUUCAAUGCCACGGAAAAAGCUCUCACCACGGUGGUAAGAGUCCGGUUCUGAUCCAGUUGUUGAUAAUUGUUAGUGGUCCUUUUGGGUUGACGUAGUCAGUGUAUCUGCUGUAAUGUUACUCCUCAUUACAUUACAAUCAAAAAUUUAAAAAUUAGAACAUGGACUUCCCUUCUGCUUUUCUAUGCCUUCCUUCUAACAUCUUUUACCGCUGCAUAUUAUAAUCACUCUGUCUUUUCUCUUUUCACAUUUUAUUUCCACAUAUUUUGUACCGCUGAAUUUAUUCUAAACAUGCUAGCGUUUUGACCCGUUUACAGAAGUUCUUCAUUUAGUCUACAAACAUUUUCCAAUCCUCUUUAAAUGCUUUUUCCUAUAGCUCUCCAAUUCUGCUGGUUAGAUUCACCAACUCUGUGUGUUCCAUCAUAUUUGCCAUUCCUCCCUCGCUGGGACUGCCCCCUCCCUCCACUUUUGAGCAUAUAAAAUCCAAGCUGCAGUUGUUGCAUAGAGAAAUAAAUUCUGGCAGUUCUUAGAAACAUCUGACUCAAUUAUUCCUAAGAGAAAUGCCUCUGGUCUUUUUGGGAACAAACUUUUAAACAUCCCCCUCCCCCCAUCUCAUUAUAAAUUGUCUCCCCAAAGUCCCAGCUGGGCUUUUCCCAUCACACAACGCCUGUGAGUCAUCCUAUUUUCCAGAGGGUACCCCACCUACAAUCCCAUGUGGCAGGGGUUUUUUGUAGACUAAACGAACUUUAUUAGAAAUAAAUGCCACUCCCUGUAGUGAUGUCUGUUGGAGAUGCAACAAUGAGGCAGGAACCUUUCUACAUAUGUGGUGGGAGUGCAAAGAGAUACAGUGGUACUCGGGUUACAUACACCUCAGGUUACAUACACUUCAGGUUACAUACGCUUCAGGUUACAGACUCUGCUAACCCAGAAAUGGUACCUCAGGUUAAGAACUUUGCUUCAGGAUGAGAACAGAAAUUGUGCUCUGGCGGCGCAGCGGCAGCAGGAGGCCCCAUUAGCUAAAGUGGUGCUUCAGGUUAAGAACAGUUUCAGGUUAAGAACGGACCUCCGGAACAAAUUAAGUACUUAACCCGAGGUACCUCUGUAGUGGGAUUCUGGGAAAAUAUCUAUAACAAACUGAAAAAGAUGUUUAUUUUUUUUUUUAAAUGAUAUUUAUUGAGAUUUCAAAAACAAAAAAUUACAUAAAAGAUAAUGAAAAAUAUAGGGGAAAAAAGAGAAAAAACAUACAAAAUGCAAAGUAUAGAAAAAAUAUAUAGAAAAAACACUUAGAAACAAAUUUAUCCUUCCGUAUCUUACAUUUCAUUUCCUUGCUUUCCUGACCUCCUCACACCUCCCUUUUUUGUAUUCCGGUUCAAUUGGUUAAUUCAGCAAUUCCUUUCAAACUGAAAAAGAUGUUUAGAUUUUCAUUCGAAAAAAACCCAGAAUCUUUUCUCCUAGGCAUCAUGUCAGAGGAAAUAAAAAGAACGUUCAGACCAAUAUUUAUGUAUGCAACUACGGCGGCAAGGUUAUUGAUUGCCAAAAAUUUGAAAAGCAGCAACGUCCCAACUAAAACAGACUGGUUAUCUAAAAUGAUGGACUACUUCCAUACUGCCGAACUAACAGGGAGGAUAAGAGGAGAUAUGGUACAAAAAGUGAAUAAGGAGUGGGCUAUCAUUAAGGAAUACAUCAAAAUUUAUGUAGAAAAAGUAGAAUUUCUGACAGAUACUGAGUGAAUCCAGAAAAUUAUUAGAGUGAAAGGAGAGCAAAGUUAAGACAGAAGAAGAGAUUAAAGAAAUAAUGAAAUGUGUUUAAGCUAGUUGGAAAAAUAAAGUAGCGUAACAAGGAUGGCUGGACGUCAAGUCACCUGGUGGGUGUCUGUGUGGGGCAGGUGUGUAGGUAUGUUGAUAUGUAUAGUAUAUAGAGUAAUGUAGGUAUGUUUUAUGUUAUGAAAAUAAGCUGGUGUGUUGUGUACGUGUAUUGUGUAACUGUAUAUGUAUGUGUUUUCUAUGUUAAUAAAAUAAAAUUAAAAAAGAAAUAAAUGCCACUUCCCCACCUCCCUUUUUUAUGGGGAGGGGGGAAAUGCUGCUCCUGUCUACAAGGUAUUUUUGGUAGCAACGAUAUUAACAAGUUUAAACAAAGUUUACCAAUGGUAUUUUUUCUCUUUCAGCUUGGCAGAGUCAUCUCCAGUGGCAGCGGCGUCGGCCCAAACUAUCAGGGAUGCCAAGUGACAGCUCUGAGGUCAGCCUUCUCCAACACAACCCUGCCUUCUCACUCUCUAAGGCUCCUCAAACUGUGUCUGUGUACCUCUGGCCUCUGUUCUGCCCUCCUCAUUAUUCUGCGUGUUCUUGGAGAGAGCUUGUUGCAGCCAGAGACUCCCUGGUUCUUCUGCAGCCUCUUGACUCCCCUCCUUCUUCAGCCGGGAGUCUGAACUGCUCCCUGUCACAGACUCCUCCUGCUCACCAAACCCUGUUGCCCCUUCCGGAUCCAACACCACCUCCUAAUCUUCCCUCUCCUCAGUGAGAUCUGAGCCUUCCUCCUCUGGAGGUUCUGUUGAGGGUUCCCCGGCUGGCUCUUCCCACCACUCCUCAUCGUCCAGGCAGUCCCUGACAUGUGCUUACGUUGUCCAGACAAUAGGAACCGCAUCUUCUCCAUCACCUCUGGUCCGCUCUGAGUGUUUCUCUUUGCAUUCUUCCUUCCCUUCCAGGCCGUUGAGAGAUGGGGACGAAACGGCAAUGGAUGCCGUCUGCGCGUACAGGGCUCCAUCCCCCUCCUCCCCCUUUGACCGAGUAACGGUGUACCACGAAAUUGUGAACAAGACCAAUGGCUUCACCAAGAUGAGUCCCUACAAUCUGAGCCCAAACAGCCUCUAUGUGAACGGUAACCAGGUUUUCGAUUUGUCCGAUAUUUUCUAUCUGCCUGCUGUGUCUCAGAACGUUUAGGAUAUAAGCCAGUAGGGUUGCUAACCUCCAGUUUUAGGGCCUGAUCUGCCCCACCAAGUCUGACAACUUCAGAAAAUAGGUAAAGAAAGACCACUUCACCCCAUCCAUCCAUCCAUCUUCUCCUCUUCCUCCUCCUCCUCAUUUUAUUAUUUGUACCCAGCCACUCUGGGUGGCUUCCAGCAUAUACAGGAACAUAAUAAAACAUCAAACAUAAAAAACUUCCUGAUACAGGGCUACCUUCAGAUGUCUUCUAAAGGUUGUAUAGUUACUUAUGUCCUUGAUAUCUAAUGGGAGGGCAUGUCACAGGGAGGGUGCCACCACCAAGAAGGCCCUGUGCCUGGUUCUCUGUAGCUUCACACCUCCCAGUGAGGGAACCGCCAGAAGACCCUCAGAGCUGGACUUCUGUGUCCAGGCUGGACAAUGAGGGUGGAGACUCUCCUUCAGGUAUACUGGGCCGAGGCUGUUUAGGGCUUUAAAGGUCAGCACCAACACUUUGAAUUGUCCCUGGAAACGUACUGGGAGCCAAUGUAGGUCUUUCAGGGCCGGUGUUAUAUGGUCACGGCGGCUGCUCCCAAUCACUAGCCUGGCAACUGCAUCCUGGAUUAAUUGCAGUUUCCAGGUCACCUUCAGAGGUAGCCCCACGGAGAGCGCAUUACAGUAUCCCAAGUGGGAGAUAACCAGAGCAUGUCCCACCCUGGUGAGAUGGUGCGCAGGUAGGCAGACAGGCUCAGCCAUCGCACCAGAUGGAGUUGGUAGACAUCUAGAUGAAAGUGGACCAAAAAUGCAAAAACAUUAGCCACUCCUGGUAUAAAGCAGGGGUCUGCAACCUUUAAGACAAAAAGAGCCACUUGGACCCGUUUCCGAAGAAAAAAAAACCUGGGAGCCGCAAAACCAUUGCGACAUUUAAAGCAUGCGCGCCGCUGCCCUCCGAUCUGACAGCGGGCGGGAAGGUGACGUCGGGACGGUGCGUGACUAACGCACGCACCGCCCCCAUGCGACGUCACAGCCAGUACAGCGCCCGCCACAGUGGGGAGUGUCGGGGCGCACAAUGCGCCUCCUCCCCUCGCUAGUAUCCGCCCUGGAGCCACGGCAAAGGUGUAAAAUAGCCAUAUGCGGCUCCGGAGCCGCGGGUUGCAGACCCCUGGUAUAAAGAGACCCAACCCUAACCUAGGACAAAAGUGGGCAAACGUCCACGCUAGAAAGUGGAAGCAACUGAACCUGAUUCUGCCUUUAAACAAGUGUUCCUUUUCUUUCCAGGUUACAAUGAAGCAUCACUUCCUACAAGUAAGGGCAUAAUAAUUGCAAUGCUUAAUUUUUAUUCGUUGUGGGCAGGCUAAUCCAAAAUUGUGGUGCAUUGGUUACAUCAGUGAUUCUCAAAGUGGGGAGUUCUGUCCCCGGGGGAGAAUGGGAUUGCUUAGGGGGUUGCUAAGAGGCAAGGAAGGGGGCAGCACGGGGGUGCAGGAAGUGUAAAGUUCAUUGAAUGAAACUGAGUAGUUUUUUUUGAAUUCUGAACGAAAGGGCAAUCAGUUGUUCCUGUUCUAUUGUGUCACGAUCUUCCUCAUGAGAACCGCUCUUUUGAACAAUGCUUUUCCUUUUUUGCAAAUAUUAUUUUUUACUACGUUUCCAAAAUUUCUCAAAUUAUCUUCAGAUCAGAUAAUUACAUAGCAGCUUUGUAUCAUGGAUUGAUUUCCCACCCUGCCCUCCACAGUGCUUUUAUUCAAACCCGUUGCAUCAUUGUUGACUUAAUUAAUUCAUCUUAGGUUGAACAAUGCUUUAAAAAAUAAAUAAAUUAUAUAGAGCAGAAUAGGGGCACUGGGGAUGAGUUUUUGGAACCGACAGGAGGCUGCCCUGAAAAAGCGUGGCAACUUCUGAUCUAUCAGUUAGAUGGAUAGCCAAUUUCAGCGCUGAGAGCCGGAUCAGAAAUAAUGAAAAGCUGGGAGAGAGCAGGAAACAAAGGCUGGAAUUGAAGCCACAUGUGUAUGGAGUGCGCAUCAUCUCAGUGUGACUAAUCAAGUGACUCAGGUCAUAGGAGACAUUUCUGGGGGGCCCUGGCUGCCAAGGCACCCACAAAACUAUCACUGCGAGUGCCCAGCCAGGCAACCCAACACGGUGUGUGCAUGACAACACACAGCACGCCAAGGCCCAACAGGGCCGGUCAUCGUGUGUGAUGCUCAUGAGGUCAUGCGGGACGGACCCCUCACCACCCCUGCACUUUGCAUUAUGUUCUGUAGCCCUGUAAGCAAAAGGGGGUGCUGAUUUAAGUUUUUUAAAGGGAGGGCAGGAGUUCCAGGGCCCAAUGAACUAGACCCAGAGGGCUCAUAUCCCUUGGAUGACCACCUUCUGCUGGGAGGAUCUGGAGAAGAGAAGGCCAGCGCACUGUUCGGAGAUGUCUGAGGCAGUAGGACAGGAUAAUAAUAAUAAUAAUAAUAAUAAUAAUAAUAAUAAUUUAUUUGUAUCCCGCCCUCCCCAGCCGAAGCCGGGCUCAGAGUGAUUAACAACAGCAUUCUAAAAUCAAUUCAUUUUAAAAUCAAUUCAAAAUCAAAUUAAUGGCAACCAUUGGGCUAGAGUUCUGUGAGGAUUGCCAAAAUAGGAGGUCAGACUGUGCCUUGGUCAAAGGCCUGGUGGAAUAGCUUGUCUUGCAGGCCCUGCGGAAAGAUGUCAAGUCCCGCAGGGCCCUAGUCUAUUGGGACAGAGCAUUCCACCAGAUCGGGACCACAGCCGAAAAAGCCCUGGCUCUGGUUGAGGCCAGCCUAACCUCCCUGUGGCCCAGGACCUCCAAGAUGUUUUUAUUUGAAGACCGUAAGGUCCUCCAUGGGACAUACCGGGAAAGGCGGUCCCAUAGGUAUGAGGGUCCUAGGCCGUAUAGGGCUUUAAAGGUCAAAACCAGCACCUUAAACCUGACCCUGUACUCCACCGGGAGCCAGUGCUGCUGGUAUAGCACCGGGUGAAUGUGAUCCUGCGGCGAGGACCCCGUAAGGAGUCUCGCCAUGGCAUUCUGCACCCGCUCGAGUUAGUGAGGCUGUGACUAUCUCCUGUUGAACUCCAAACCUCAUCAUCUUCAGGCAGCAUGGCCAACGGUCAGGGAUGAUGAGAGUGGUAGUCCCGCAACAUCUGGAGGGUCAAGUCUGGAUAGGCUUGCGUAAACAAAAAAUGUUUUUGGCUGGAGCCAGAAAGAGUACAGGAAAGGCGUCCGGCUGUUGUCAAGAGGCAGGGUGUUCCAAAGGGUAGUUUCUGCUACACUCAAAGAUGGAUUUCUUCCAAGUGUAGAUUGAGUAUUAUGUGCCGGUAAUGCAGACUGGUGAGGUCAGGGAGGGGCAUACAUGGGGCAAGGCUGUGAUCUCACAGAUUAUCUCCCUUACAGCUGCCUCGCCCACCACUCCUCAGCCUCCAACGGCAGUGGAUCACUUUAUGGUGAACUACACCGUGACAAACCUCAUCUACAAGCCAGAGAUGGGCACUCCCCAGUCGAAGGUGUUCAACGCAACGGAGAAGGCCCUGUCAGCACUGGUAAGCCCUCCCUGAGAGCACACUUUCUGCUUUUUAAAGGCAGGAAUAAAUAAAUGACAGCACCUUCCUUUCUGCCUAGAUGGGUCGAGCAGUGCAGACAAGCAGCGUUGGACCUGCGCUCAUGGGAUGCAACGUUUCGGAGUUCAGGUAUGGAUGCAGGAUGGGUGCUUUUUUAUCAUUAUUUUAAAGGUGGUCUUUGAAAUUUUAUCAAGCAAGUAAGAGAUGCAAAAUCACGAAGCUUGAUUGUGAAUGCAGUCCUUGUAUUAAAGACCUCAAUACACAUCUUAAUCUCUGGCAGGGCAAGCGGCUCACAUGGAGCUUUCCAUGGUGCUGAAACGUCUGACCUGCCUUGUCCUCUUGGAGGUGCCACUCCGGCAAAGUCCCUGCUCCUUACCAGAACCACUGGUCCUUUCCUGGGACAUCUAAUUUAGGGCCAAAAGUGUUGAACUGGAAGGUGGAGGAAGAGAUCCCACGUAGGAAGAGUUUUAAAGUUUUUAACCUUUCCAUUUCCAGAUCCAUAGAUGACGGGAAGAGCACUGGCGUGGACAGCGUCUGCAGCUACCAGAGAGACUUGAUGGCAUCCCCUUUUGACCGGGUGCAGAUGUAUCGGGAGAUUGCCAACAAAACAAAGGACUUCACCAAGAUGGGGCCCUACGACCUGGACCGGGACAGCCUCCUCGUGAAUGGUGAGGAGAGGAAGCUUGCUGUUAUGGCUGAAGCAUGUGGAGGUGUUCUUGUGGAAAUCAAACCACAGGACAACUCUUGUUUCUCAGCUGAAGCUUCUCUUUAUUCCAAAUGCCUGGGGCAGAGAUCUCUGCUCUGCUGAGAGCCAGAGAGUCCUCUGAACAUGACACAGAGGCCAGAAUAUUUCUGCAAUGAUUGAUAGGCCAUAAGCGCAGAGACUUACAUCCUCAAAUAUAAAUGCAAUAUUACAUAAUAUUCAAAGCAAUAUUUCAACAUGUUCCAAAAUAGUUGCUUACUCUUUAAAUUCAGCUUGUGUUGCUGUGAUUUACUGGCAGUGUAUGGUUACAUGUGUUAGAACGUUGUUCUCCAUCCUGAUUUCUUUAGCCUGGGUGGGACAUUCCCCCAACAAUGUGCUCUCUGCUAUCUUCUAACAAGUCUUCCCUCCUUCAACAGGUUAUCAUGAACCACCUCGUCAACCCAGUAAGUGUGCUAUUCACAGAACUGCGACACCUCAACCACAUCCCAGCCGAACAUAGAAAAAUGCCCUAUGCAGAGUCAAACCAUGCCCACUUAACUCAAUAUCAUCUGCACUGACUGGCAGCAGCUGUCCAGUGUUUCAGACUCAAGGGCCUUUCCCAGACCUGCCCUGGAGAUGCUGGAGAUUGAACACUAUGCUUUCCUUUAAAAUAAAGCAAAAUUCCAGCCCUCGUGGCCAGUGGCGUAGCGUGGGUUGCCAGUGCCCAGGGCAUUCAAGCAUAACCCAGGAGAUUGCAGCCACAGAUGUAAGAAAAGUAUGGAGAGGUCACUUCCUGAUUUGCAUGGAGAAGCCGUUUUCAGUGAAGCCCAGCGACGGAAGUGUGCAGCUGUAUUGAGGCAGCACCAGGUGUUGAAAUUUUGCGCCCCUAACAAUUUUGCGCCCGGGGCAACCACCUCUGGGGGCCCCCCAUGCUACGCCACUGCAUAGGGCCUGUCAGUUGUUGGCAUAACAUCUUCGCUUCUGCUUUGCCACAUAUCUCGGCCUCGGGGCAGCCACCCCUGUGACCCUCCCUCACACCACGCCACUGCUCAUGACCUUACCUGCUGCCUUGUGGGACAUCUGGGGGGCCCUCACAAAUCCAGAGUGGAGUCCCUAAGGCUGUUGGAUGGUGCCUUGUCAGCCUGCUUCCAGCAACUUCUUCAGUCAAGCGAGUGCCAAACAUCUUGCUCUGCUUUCUUUGGAAUUUACGGGACUGCCUCUCCUGGUCUGCCCCACAGAGGACCUUAAGGUCCAUGAAUAACCAUAGUUUAGAGGUCCCGGGCCCUAAGGAAGUCAGACUAUCCUCCACCAGGGCCAGGGCCUUUUCAGUGAUGGCUCCGACCUGGUGGAAUGCUCUGUCCCAUGAGACCAGGGCCCUGCAGGAUUUAACCUCCUUCCGCAGGACCUGUAAGACAGAGCUAUUCUGCCUGGCCUUUAAUUUGAAUUCAGCCUGAUCUUUUAUUUCCCUUCUCUUCCCUCCCCCUCCCCUUUUAAUGAAGAUUACCUGCUCUGAGACCCCACAGCUAAUUCUCUCCUGGUCUCCUCGCUGGCCCAAAUAGGACUAAUUUAGCCAGCUAGCACUGGUGAUCAUCUAAUGCUUAUUUCCCCUAAAUUGAUUUCUGAAUUCAGAAUCUUAUUGUUAUUUAUGUUUUUAUACUGUAUUUUAUGCUGCUUUUACAGUUAAGUGUUUUAAAUUUGUUGUUAGCCGCUAGCUGCCCUGAGCCCGGUUUUUGAACCGGGAAGCCCAGGGUAUUAUUAUUAUUAUUAUUAUUAGACCCCCCCAGCGAGACCUCCAGACACACGGCUCAGGCUUAUGGCAUUUCAGGUGCAACAUGAAAAAACUGUUUCAGCUCAGCUCUUGGAGACAGCAAUAUUCUUGAGGAGACAGACAUGUACGUCAAUAAUGGCUUCUUCUUCUCCAUUACGCAGGCGUUGCCCCAACUCCUCCCCACCCUCCAGCCAGUGAACGCUUCACGACCAACUUCACUCUGACCAACCUCAGAUACAAGGCGGAGAUGGGGGAUCCGAGUUCGAAAGCUUUCACUUCCACACAGAGAGUUGUGACCACUUUGGUGAGUCUCAGUAUCCCUGUACUUCAUGAGCACAGGAUAGUAGUAGCUUACCAUCAGUUGGUUUAGUCAUAGAAUCAUAGAGUUGGAAGGGACCUCCAGGGGUCAUCCUGUCCAACCCCCUGCAAUGCAGGAAUCUCAGCUCAAGCAUCCUUGACAGACGGCCAUCCAAUCUCUGCUUAAAAACCUCCAAGGAAGGAGAGUCCACCACCUCCUGAGUAAAAAGUAGGUUCUACUCUAGUCAGCGGGACUUAUUCCCCAAUAAGCGUGUGAUGCAGUCUUUCCUAAACCAAAGGGCCAGGCUAGAUGCCAGACAACCCAGAGUCAGAAUUUAAUAAUUCCUUAUCCAGAGUCGGGCUAAUAUGAGAUUCUUUUCUGCCUUUAGCUGGGCCAAAUGUUGAGGAAAAGCAGCGUUGGAGACGCUUAUUCCGGAUGCAACGUUACGGCUUUACGGUAAGAUGUCUCGACUUCCCGGAACCUUCCAUGUGGCUAUUAUUGAUUUGAACCCCAAUGUUGCUGUUAAUCAGUAUUUCCAUUCCUAUGAAUUUCAACACCAGUGUCCUGCAACCUUUAGCCGAGAAUCAUAGAAUUGUUGAGUUGGUUUAGCAAAGCAAAGAGUAAUUCUGUUGGUUUUUUUGGAAAAUAUGUUAUAGGGUUGUUAUUGUUGUUGUUUUUCAGAAAUGUUUAUUACAUUUUUCGCAAAACAGUAAAAAGUACAUCCAGAACAGAUGGAAUCAUAAAAAAGAAAGAGAGAGAGAAACAUCAAAAGAAAAGAGAGGAAGACAAAGGAAGAAAGGAAACAGAGGAGAAAGACAAUAGAGAUAAUAAAACACACACACACAUAUAUUAGUUAAUAAAAGGAAGGGCAGGGAUUGAAAUAUACACAAUGGAAAAUAUGAGAUGAAGACUUAAAAAAUAACAAUGUUAAAAUGAUAAAUUGUUUUAAAUAAUAAAGUGACAAGUAGAUUAAAAUAUGUUUUAUAAUGCAGCAAGAUAGGAAGAACAAGGCACACAUGAAGGAAGGGUGGGAAAGCAACUUUUAAACAUUUAAUUCAGAUUAAUUUGUUAAAAUUUUUGAACAGCAAUACAAAUUACCAAAGAUAUACUGGGGGAAAAUAAUAAUUGUAGAGUUGGAAGGGACCCCAAGGGUCAUCUAGCCCAACCCCCUGUGAUGCAGGAAAAGAAAUUCCUGUUCAGUCAGAGUAAAGGGUGGUGCACCAAAACACUUUAAAAAAAAGAAAAGGGAAUAAAGGAAAAGGAAAAAGAAUAUAAAGCAAUCAAUGGUAGGAUUUGAAAACCACAGGCCUGGCCCUCCAGAUCUUUUGCUAUCUGGCCCUUGGCAACUCUCCAUAGGCCACACCCCCUCUCCCCAGGCCACACCCCUCUCCUUUGGCCACACCCCUCACUUCACUCCCCAGCUGACUGAUUUUCACCAGGCUAGAGAUAUGCCCUGGACUGCUGAUCUUGCCCUUUACUUGCCUGCAGAAGAUUCUGUGACCGCGGGUAGCGGCUGGCCAGCAAUACGAUUGCCUCCCCCAUUUCUGCCUCUGGCAAGUGGCCCCUGCAAUGCGGCCCCCGGGCCAGAAAAGCGCUCAACCCCUGCCUGCUUAGGGACUGACCGUCGCGCCUUUGAUCUUGCAGGUCUUCGGAUGGUGGGACGGCAACUGCGGUGGACACAGUCUGCAGCUACCAGCGAGAUGCGACGGCGCCACAAUUCGACCGAGUGAAGUUGUACCAGGAGCUGAUAAAUAUGACCAAUGGCUUCACCAAGAUGGGGCCCUACACUCUAGACAAGGACAGCCUCUACGUCAAUGGUGCAUUUUGAAUAAUAAUAAUAAUAAUAAUAAUAAUAAUAAUAAUUAUAGCCCGCCACUCUGGGAGGCUUUCAACAGGUAUAAAAACACAAUGAAGCGUCAAACAUUAAAAACUCCACGAUACAGGGCUGCCUUCAGAUGUCUUCUAAAAGUUCUAUAGUUUUUUUAUUUCCUUGACAUCUGAUGGGAGGGCGUUCCACAGGGAGGGCACCGCCACCAAGAAGGCCCUCUGCCUGGUUCCACAUAACCUCACUUCUCACAAUGAAGGAACCGCCAGAAGGCCCUUGGCGCUGGAUCUCAGUGUCCGAGUUGGACAAUGAGGGUGGAGAUGCUCCUUCAGGUAUACAGAGCCAAGGCCAUUUAGGGCUUUCAAGGUCAGCGCCAACACUUUGAAUUGUGCUCAGAAACAUACUGGGAGCCAAAGUAGGACUUUCAGGAACGGUGUUCUAUGGUCUCGGCGGCCGCUCCCAUUCACCAGUCUAGCUGCCACAUUCUGAAUUAGCUGUAGUUUCCGGGUCACCUUCAAAGGUAGCCCCACGGAGAGCGCAUUGCAGUAGUCUAAGCAGGAGAUAACCAGAGCAUGGACCACCCUGGUGAGACAGGGCGCAGGCAGGGAGGGUCUCAAAUGGAGCCCUGGACACAGAAUUGACCUGCACCUCCAUGGACAGCUGUGAGUCCAAAAUGACCCCCAGGCUGCACACCUGGUCCUUCAGGGUCACAGUCACCCCAGAGAGGACCAGGGAGUCCCCCACACCUGCCGAACCUCUUGUCUCCCCCCAGAACAGUACUUCUGUCUUGUCAGGAUUCAGCCUCAGUCCAUUAGCUACCAACCACCUCCAGGCAGGUGAUUCCAGGUGAGGAGUCUUCUGGGUCAGCAGAGAGAGAACACCUGGCUUCACACACAACAAACUUCCCCAGUCAGCAGGCUUCAAGACGGACCCUGAAUACAUCUUUGGGGGUUUUUUUAGAUAGCAUGGCUAUCAUGAAGUCCUCAUGAAGGGGCAGGAGUAGCAGUAUUGUUUGUUUAGCUAUAAGCCCUAAGCAUAACAAAAGGCCAUCCCAGCUGAGCCACCCAUUUGGCAGGCGAGGCAAAUGAACCCCCAGGAGUCCAUAAUUUUCUUCUUCCGACAGCAGGAAAGCAUGCAGACUCAUAUGAUGCAAGAUUUUUUUCCCUUGCGACUUGAUGGAUAUAUUUCACAAGGAUCUUUGAACAGAGGAGGCUGGGUAAUGCAGUGAACAAUGUCCCCUGUAACUGUUUUUUUUUGGAACACACAGAGGGUGAUCUCUUACUGCACCAUCCAAAUAUAAAGGAUAUUAAUAUUAAGUAUUAAUUCUGCAGGGGAAACCACAAUUCUACAUGGAGGCAGGAGUUCAUCUGCAGUUAGUGACAAAGCAGCCUCUGCUUGGAAGCCUUUAUUUUUUAUAAAGGGGGGAUCUUGUUUCUUGAGCAGAAAACUUAGUUUCUUUACUGUCUUUCCUUUCCAGGUUACAGCGACCUGCGUAGCAUUCCGUGUAAGUAUUCCAAAGUGCCACCAUGCAAACGGAAAACUCUCCGAUCGAAACGACUCCUGCCUUGAAAUUCACAUUGCUUCUCCUCCUUCCAGAUCUCCCCGCCGCGACCCCUGCCAAGAUGCCAACUUUGCGGAAUUUCACGGUCAACUACACCUUGUCCAGCCUCCCCUACAUGAAUGAAAUGGGGACCCCUGGUUCUCGCAAGUUCAACGCCACGGAGAAAGCCCUGAACUUCUACGUACGUUUCAUAUCCCCCACUUGUGUGCGCCACCUGCAGCACAAGUAGCCCAGUCCUGGAGACUUCCUGGUUAGACUACUGCCCUGCAUUAGAUGUGGGGUUUGCCCUUGAAGACUGCCUCCAGUGCUAGAAACUCCGAUAAUAUAAGCUAGACGCCAAAUGGUUCCUUAAACCAAGGUUAUAGUUGCCAAAAUGGAAUGUCUAUUUGCCAACUGGCUCUAAAGUCCAAUUGAUGGACUGACUGUGAUUGAUUCUCAGCUAAACAUCUGGCUAGUUCACCUUGAGCUAGUUGUAAAACUUUUUGUGCUCAGGCUGCACACAAAAAAGAACUUUGGUUCCAGAAUUUCAUUCUGAGUUAUCUGUUUUUAGCCUAUUGUCAUUUUAAUUUCUUGAAAGUCUUAAAUUAUGGCUGUUACUUUUUCUUAUGUAUAUUUUUAUUGCUUUACCCUUUUUUUGUAAUCAGCUUUGAGGCCGUUGUUUUGCUUUUGUGCAAUCAAGCAGUGCACAGAUUUUAUAAAAUAAAUAAGUGGCAUAUGGGCCGGGGUUGCUAAAAGGGGCUCUUGCCACUGGACACCACUGUUAGUUGUGGGUCCUUGGAAAAUGCCUCUCUGGGCCAACUCUUGAUGCCUGUUCCUUCUUGAGAAACCUUUAAUAUCCCCCUUCCUAUCUCUUGUGUGCAUUUAUUUAUUUAUUUUGCAAAAAUCUAUACACCUCUUGAUCAUAGGAAACCUCAAAGCACUUUACAAAAAGAAUACAAGAGUAAUAGUAAAAACAAUUACAGUGGUACCUCGGGUUAAGUACUUAAUUCGUUCCGGAGGUCUGUUCUUAACCUGAAACUGUUCUUAACCUGAAACACUGCCGCCGUGCAAUUUCUGUUCUCAUCCUGAAGCAAAGUUCUUAACCCGAGGUACUAUUUCUGGGUUAGCGGAGUCUGUAACCUGAAGUGUCUGUAACCUGAAGCGUAUGUAACCCGAGGUACCACUGUAAAACAUUCAGAAAAAUAAUAACAAACAAAACCAGCAGCAACCUAAAAACUCAUCAGCAUUCUAAAUUUCUGAGUCUAAUAAAAAAAAGGUCUUUAGCAAGUGCAGCAAAGAGUACAGGGAAGGUUCCUGCCCAAUGUCAAGAGGCAGGCAGUUCCAAAGUUUAGGUUCCACCGUGUGCUGAAAGAUCAAUUUCUUACAAAUGCAGAAUCUUCUUCUUCUUCUUUGGCGAUCGCUCAUUAGGUGGCACCAUUAACAGUGCCCCCUCCGCAGAUGAUUCCACCUUUCAGGCAAAGCUUUCAAAGCAACUGAUCUGCAGGUGAAGGGCCUCUGCCAAUAUUUUUCUUUCCUUUCCCCCCCUCCAGAUGGAGCCUCUUCUCAAGAAGACACACGUUGGCCCGGCCUUUGCGUACUGCCGAGUGGAGAGAUUUCGGUAAGAGGCUGGGAUGGGCAGCUAAGAGGGUGGGCAGGCCUUCCAAUUCCAACCAAUUCCCCUGGCAGGCCUCCCGAGGUAGACUGCUGUUGAGCGUGGAUGUUCCAUAUACCCAUUUUGAGCCCCAAACCCACCCCCCACCCCAUUGACAGGGUCUGGAAACCAAGCCGUAUGAGGAACGGUUGAAGGAGCUGGGUAGGUUUAGCCUGGAAAAGAGGAAACAUCUUCAAAUAUCUGGAGGGCUGUCGCAGGGAAGAUGGAGAAAGCUUGUUUUCUGCUGCUCUGGAGCAGAGGACCCCCUUUCAUUGCAGGGGGUUGGGCUAGAUGACCCCUGAAGUACCCCCUCUGAUUUAUACGAUUCUAUAAUGUGCAAGGGACGCAGGUGGCGCUGUGGGUUAAACCACAGAGCCUAGGACUUGCUGAUCAGAAGGUCGGUGGUUUGAAUCCCUGCGACGGUGUGAGCUCCCAUUGCUCGGUCCCUGCUCCUGCCAACCUAGCAGUUCGAAAGCACGUCAAAGUGCAAGUAGAUAAAUAGGUACCGCUCUGGCGGGAAGGUAAACGGCGUUUCCGUGCGCUGCUCUGGUUCGCCAGAAGCAGCUCACACAUGACCGGGAAGCUGUACGCCGGCUCCCACAGCCAAUAAAGCGAGAUGAGCGCCGCAACCCCAGAGUCGGUCACAACUGGACCUAAUGGUCAGGGGUCCCUUUACCUUUACCUUUAUAAUGCGCAUUUGCCUUUCCUUAGGGCUCCACAAACCAGGCAUGCUGCGGCGGUGGACACUGUCUGCAGCUACUGGGAAGACCUUCUCCCUGCCCCCUUCGACCACAUGAGGCUGCACCGGGAGAUCAGCAACCUGACGAGGGACGGCACGAGGCUCGGCCACUACAGCCUGGAGAAGGACAGCCUGUCUGUGGAUGGUAAGCCAGUUGGGGGCCAGAGGCUAGAUGGGAAGAACCCAAGACCCAUGGAAAUCAACAGGCUUAAUCCAUUCAUCAUGGUGCCCAUUCAUCUCACUGCGUUUGCUCCUUUCCCACCCUGAGGGCCUGAGUUACCUUCCGAGGGCCGCAUGCCAGGGGUGGGCGGGACCAGGUGCAAAAGUGGGCGGGGCAAUGGAUGUUAAAUGAGAUUCCUUUAGUUGAGAUUCCUGCAUUGUAGCAGGUUGGACUAGAUGACCCCCAGGGGUCCCUUCCAACUCUACUGUUAACAGAGAAAUCUGAGGGCUCCCCUGGACAAAAAGCAAGGACACCAGCCAGGAAUACCAGAGCAAAACAGAAGCCAGUUGGCUUGGUCUUGAUUGAAGACUGUCGCGACAGGACUCCCACCUGCCACCAGGUGGAACAAGAUGGACGCCCCAAACAAAAGAGCCCCCAAACUUUUAUUAGCUGCUAAUCCCCAUGUUACACCCCCCCAAAAAACUACAUCACUAAUACUUCAUGGUUACAUCAUGAAAGGGGAGGUCUGGUGGCAGUAAUCUGAGCACCCUGGACCCUGCCCCAUGGUUCUCCUUGCCCUCCACCAAACACCCAUCAAGGAUAACAAAAGAGAUAUUUACAUUUCCCUGUUUCCCAGCCAAGUGAAUCCCACCCUUUUGUCUUCAUCUGGGUUUGUUAUUUCUGGAAUGGCUACCUGUCUGGCACUCAGGUAUCAGGAUGCCAGGGAUUAUCACUUAGGCAGAGGGGCUGCUGAGGAGCUGAGCUCACAUGUCUAUAUGAAUUUCUGAAGUUUUCCCAGUGAGCCAGUACACAGAUACAUUGAUCAGUGAAUUCUUACAUUUGGUAUCGUGCAGCAAAGGCCCUUUGAAUAGAUAGGAAGAAACUGUGAUGAAGUGUUUUGUGGGGACAAGUCACAAAAGUGAUUGUGCUGGUUUUGGUAGUGGGCUGCAUGAGCAUGAUAUCUGCUGGAGGGGCAACCCCCCCCAACCUAUACAUAAAUUCCUGCAACACUACGAUUCUAUAAAAUGUAAGCUUUGUAGAGAAUAGGCUAGUUUCUACACACACACACACACACACACAGCCCUCUCUAGCCUUCGUCCAGAUAAGCUAGAGGCCGGAUCUGAGUUUGAAACACCCAAGGAAGGUGUGGAACAAGGAGGGCCUAUUUCUUUUUUUAAAAAAACCCGAUUCUCAGUUUUGUACAUUUCAAUAAUUUUACAACCAUUUUAACAUUUCAAAACUCGACUUCCUUCCCUCUCUUUCUGCGGUUCCUUAAAUUUGUUUUUUUUAUAUAAUAUUUUUUGCAUAUUCCAAAUUAACUUAAUUGACCCAUUUAUUCAUUAUACAGUACUGUUGUAAAUAAAAAUAUGCCCUUUUCCCUUAUGGGGUAUCCAAGAGCCCAUAUAGAGUCCUUACAUAGGUUCCCUAUUGGUAGGAGAAAAUAACAGAGGCCAACCAGAGAAUAUUGAGAAGCAAAGCAGCUAGUAAGCUUGAUCUUUAUUGAUCUGUUGCAACAGGGUGCUCCCUCACACGCAGGAGAGGAAGAGGACCCCCAAAUGCUGUGCAAUGGCUUAUAAAGACUUUUGAAAUUCCCAUCCUCUAGAUCAAGACCACCCCCAGAAACAUUAUGCAUACAUCACAGAAGGGGUGUAACCUAAGACCACCCCUCAGAUACAUCCCACCUACAUCACAGAAAUUUAAAUGUUGUUUUUCUCCUGUCACAGUUUAUCUCCUGUCUGGCAAGUUACUUGAUUGGAUUGCCUGGGGAGCCUGGCCAUUCUUUUGUAGUGGUAAAAUACUUAUUUCCUGGGCCAGGUCACAGGCUCACACCUUAUUCAAACAGACAUAUCCUUGAGACAGGAUUUGUGAGGAAAGAGACAAUGGGGAGGCUUUUCCAUUUUUACCAUGCAGAGAAACAUUUGCUCAGUUUAGGAAUCAAAAUGGUUCCAGGUUGGCUUUCCUGUGCUGAUCUAUGUAUGUGUGGUUAUGAACGUUGCCAUAUAUCUAAAACCAUAAAAUUCCUAUCACAGUACUAUUUAUACAAUAAUCCUGCCAAUGUUCUUAUCUGUUUACAAUUUAUUUCUGAAUAUUCAAAAAACUGUUUCCACUGGGGAGGGCCUAAUUCAGUCCUCCUCUGAGGGCGACUACAUUCACACCAUGCCUUUAAAGGGAGGUAAAUCCAGGACCAUCGCUAUAAAAUAAGGACACCUGGAGGUCCUGCCAUUGCCUACACACCUGUUCACCACCUGCUCCUUCCAAUUCCUUGCAGGAUACCCGCCAGUCCUCAGAGGAGGGGAGGAAGGAGUUGGCUAUGAGCUCGGCUUCACGGUCGUCAACCAGAACUUGACCCACACGGACCCGUCGUCUCCAGAAUACCAGCGUGUGAAGUCUGCCAUCGCCCACGAGGUCAGGAUCUGUGCGCUGGGACUCACCAGACCCUAGAGGGCAUAGGAGCCUUGAGGAAAGGGUCUCACGCACUUCCUUCAGUGUCCUCAUUUUCUAUGUGUUAUAUUUAUAUUGAAAUAAUUUCAGUAGUAAAGAAAUGAAGUGAUAGAAAGGGGGGAAAGAGGAGAAGUGGGGGGGGGGACCAAAGAUGUGUUUUAUAUAUAUAUAUAUAUAUAUAUAUAUAUAUAUAUAUAUAUAUACAUAUACACACACACACACACAAAUGCAAUGUAAUAGACUCCCGUUCAUUGCAAUCUAAAUUGAUAUAGUGUUAUUAUCCGUGUUAAAUUUUUAAUUGACCAUCCUCGCACCUUUCUUCUGCCAUUCUGGAGUUUAAGGAAGAAGAAUGACAAAGCCUGUUUUGUCUAAUCCCUUUGUAAAGCUGUCCCUAAGAACAGCAGCUGGAUCAAACCCAAAUUCUGAAACCCUCACAGCAGUCUGUGCAGAUAAAAUGCAGCACUGAGAUCGCUUCCCAUUCCUAUUUUUAUUUUACCAUACAUACGUAUGGCAACCCAUGUCAAAUUUCCUUAAGAAUAGCUCAACAACAACAACAACAAACUCAACAGCUUUGCCAAAAAAAGACCAACUUUUGUGUCUGGAUUUCCACUUUUUGAAAUAUGGCAGCCCUAUACAAGCGCCUUCCAUUAUUUGUAGAGGAUGCCCAUAGCUCAAUUGUAGGGCAUCUGCUUUGUAUGAGGAACAUCCCAGAUUCCACCCCACAGCAUCUCUAGGUAGGGCUGGGAAAGACCCUCUAUGUUAAACAGUGAGGCUGCGUGGUUUUUCUCACGCUUUGCAAUGCACAGAGGCAGCGUGGUGCAGUGGUUAGAGUGUCGGGUUAGGACCUCAGGGCCCAGGGUUUGAAUUCACACCAAUCCAUGGUGCUCACUGGGUGUCCUUGUGGGCUAGUCGUUCGCUCUCAGCCCAACCUACCUGGGAGGGGGGUUGUGAGGGUUAAGCAAGGCGGAGGGAAACCGUAUUAGCCACCUCCUCGAAGGAUGCAAAUGCAAUAAAAAUAAUAAUAAUAAUCCCAGCAGUUCCUAAUUUUAGUUUGUUCCACCCACUCCAGUUAAAUCAACUCUUCCUCCGGAGUGCCAUCCGAAACGGAUUCAACAUUUGCAAAGUAACUGGACUGAGGUCAGUACUGAUAGGAAGGAAAGUGUAAGCAGUUGUCCAGGCUCCUGAGACACCUACCUGAAUCAGAGAUAAGGAAUCUUUGGACUUCUUUAUGUUGAGGGGCUCCAACUCCCAUCAUCCCUUGCAUGUUGAGGGACUCCAACUCCCAUCAUCCCUUGCCUGUUGAGGUGCUCCAACUCCCAUCAUCCCUUGCCUGUUGAGGUGCUCCAACUCCCAUCAUCCCUUGCCUGUUGAGGGACUCCAACCCCCAUCAUCCCUUGCAUGUUGAGGGACUCCAACUCCCAUCAUCCCUUGCAUGUUGAAGGGCUCCAACUCCCAUCAUCCCUUGCCUGUUGAGGUGCUCCAACUUCCAUCAUCCCUUGCAUGUUGAGGGGCUCCAACUCCCAUCAUCCCUUGCCUGUUGAGGGGCUCCAACUCCCAUCAUCCCUUGCCUGUUGAGGGACUCCAGCCCCCAUCAUCCUUUGCUUGUUGGCCUAAUGGGAGAUGGGAGUCACAGAUAAGAACAUCAGGAGAACCUUGUGGGAUCAGGCUGGUUUUUUGAAUUAACCAUGUUGUUCAGAGGGAUUGCCUGCCUCUUGGGGUUGGGUUUGUUUUUGUCUGGGAUGUCCUCUUGCCCCUGACUCUUCCUCUGCACAUUGCAAUUCUCAGGCACGGCUCCAUCAUGGUCGACUGCAAGUGCUACUUUGACCCGGCGACAAACACCAGCCAAGAGGUCGUCCGAGAGACGUUCCAGCAGGAGACGAGGAACGCCACGUCUCUGUGGCUGGGAAAGCAGUUCCAGCUCAAGGGCGUGACUGUGCGAGGUACAGAAACACCCUUCAGCAUAAAUCAGGAAAGGGCACCGGUUGUGAGAAGUAAAACACGCGUGGUUCUGUUGGGUCCACGAUUUGGACCAGGGCAGCCUUUGGCUCAGCUGAUCAAUGAAAGCCCACAGACGCAGGAGAUCCAGGAAAAAUACUCUUUUUAAUCAGCUGAGUAAAACAGAGGGCAACACUUUCAGUACAGAGAAAGAAACUGCUGCAAGGGGAAAAACUUUCCCCUUGCUCUUUAAAUCAGGGGUCAGCAAACUUUUUCAGCAGGGGGCCAGUCCACUGUCCCUCAGACCUUUUGGGGGGCCGGACUAUAUUUUUUCGGGGGGAAUGCCCCACAAAUAACCCAGAGAUGCAUUUUAAAUAAAAGCACACAUUCUACUCAUGUAAAAAUACACUGAUUCCCGGACUGUCUGCGGGCUGGAUUUAGAAGGCAAUUGGGCCGGAUCCAGCCCCUGGGCCUUAGGUUGCCUACCCCUGCUUUAAAGCUUUUCCGUCCCCCGCUCUCCCCCUCCUUUCCUCCUUACAAUUCCUGUAGGUUGAGAACUUGCAGCUAACAGACUUCCCUAAACGCCCAUUUCAUAUCUACUUCCUGAUAAGUGCCCCCUCCCUUUACAUAUGUCCCAUGUUCAUGUAAAUUAGCAAUUUAAGGACAAGGGGUGUGUUUUUUAAUAUUAAUGAGGCUCUAGAGCACGCGCAGAGCCCUCGAGCUAGCAUCUGCUAAGUCUCCCAGUUUAGGAACUAACCCUAAAACUAUGGUUGCCAGAUUUUUUUCAAUGAAUCCAGGGACAUUUUUUUAAUUAUUAUUAUUUUGAAGCUGAGUAGCAACAGGGAGUCUGUAGUGGGGGUGGUGAGGCAAAAGACCCUGGGCCCAAGCACACAUGCAUAUUGUAUAAAGGUGCAAAGCCCUUCUUUUGCACCCUGUGAAACAUAAAUGUGAAGAGUUUUUAAAAAACUGGGGAACAGCGCGCCACCUGCCUGUGACUCCCGAGCCUCCCCCGAUCUCCUGCCCCCUUCCUCCUUUGUUUUGACUGAUCCGGGGAGGCUUGGGAGUCGCUGCCGGCUGGCCGUUGCCCAGUCUUUUAAAAAUUCUGCGCAUUUAUGUUCCACAGGGUGCAAAAGAAGGGCUUUGCACCUUGAGUGGCAGAGAAACCGCACACCUUGCGCCCCUCCUGGGCAAUGGCAUGUCAAAAUGCAAGCAGAUAAAUAGGUACUGCUCUGGCGGGAAGGUAAACGGCAUUUCCGUGCGCUGCUCUGGUUCGCCAGAAGCAGCUUAGUCCUGCUGGCCACAUGACCCGGAAAAACUGUGGACAAAUGCCGGCUCCCUCGGCCAAUAAAGUGAGAUGAGCAUCGCAACCCCAGAGUUGGUCACGACUGGACCUAAUGGUCAGGGGUCCAUUUACCUUUACCUUUAGGUCAUGCAAACCACUCUUUUAAAUAAUAUCAGCUGGGAGCACUGGGAACCAAGGGGACGGUGGCCGAAGGGGUAUUUUUUUGAAUUUUUAGGGUCUUCUCUUCCUCCCCAGCUCCCGAAUCGGCCAUUGAGUCCGCCACUGCCGCCCUGCCGCCCCAACUCCAGAUGAAGAACUUUGUGGUCAAUUUCACCAUCACCAACUUGCCGUACGCAGGGGAAAUGGCAGAUCCCGACUCGGAUGUCUACUGGAAGACCAAAAUGAGUCUUGAGAGCGAGGUAAACGGCUCAGGAGAGACGCUAAGCAGAGUCCAGACCUCACUCCUGACUUUGGCUGCGGCCCUCCAGAGCACUCUGCCAGGCCCCCGGGACUCCCUUUAGGCUUGGCCCUGACCAGCCUUCUUUCUCUCCCUCCUCAAAUGUUUCGGUCUGGCUGGAAAUAUGUACAUGUGUUGUUAUUUCUCAAACUUCUAUAUCCUGCCUUUCCUCCCCGAAGUUCCCAAGUGUGAAGUUUAAGAAACAAAGUGAAAGCAUUCUAAGAGCCGAUCCAAAUAUUUUAAAAGAGUUAGAAUUAAAAUCAUCUCAAAUCAUGUUUUGUUUUAUACUCUUUAUUGGAAAAUGCAGAGUACAAAAUUAAAACUGCACAGGGUAAUUAUAAGACACAAGAAGUAACACCUAUGUGGGAAAUGAAACAGAAAAAAAUAUAUUGUGCAUAUUACAAAAAAGAGGAAAUUGUUAUUGCAGUUAACCAUACCUUAAUCGGGAUGCGGGUGGCGCUGUGGUCUAAACCACAGAGCCUAGGUCUUGCCGAUCAGAAGGUUGGCGGUUCGAAUCCCCGCGACGGGGUGAGCUCCCAUUGCUCGGUCCCUGCUCCUGCCCACCUAGCAGUUUGAAAGCACGUCCAAGUGCAAGUAGAUAAAUAGGUACCGCUCUGGCGGGAAGGUAAACGGCGUUUCUGUGCGCUGCUCUGGUUUCGCCAGAAGCAGCUUAGUCAUGCUGGCCACAUGACCUAGAAGCUGUACGCCGGCUCCCUUGGCCAAUAAAGUGAGAUGAGUGCCACAACCCCAGAGUCGCCCGCGACUGGACUUAACGGUCAGGGGUCCCUUUACCUUAUACCUUAAUCAAAAAUGGUAUUUAUAAAAAUGAAUUCCAAAUAUCAUUAAGUUUGUUCAUGGACAAUUUUUUAAAUCAUCUCAAAUCAUGUAUUUAUUUUGUUUAUAUAUCUCCUGUUUCUCUGAGGUGCUCAGCUUAUGUGAGGUUGGUGGGCCUCAAAGGUCACUCAGUGAGCUCCACAGCUGAGCGGGGAUUCGAACCCUGGUCUCCACCCGAGCCGAGAGGGCAGCCAGCCUCCAUGAGGAGCGGCUACCACAGGGGCACAGCGAGCAAAGUUUACCCGUUGCCUCCUUCACGAUGCCCACAGUGAGGUUAGGGGGCACAAUCCUUGCCUUGCCCCAGUCAUUGGCAAUGCAUAUUAUGCCACCCGACUAAAAAUGUUCUUGUUUUGCUAUGUGAACUAAGUUUAAUACAUUCAAAUAAAGUGGCUAUUAUUCCCAGAAACUAUUUAAUUGCUGAAGGGUGAAGGGGCACCUGCUAUGUGUGUGCACGCACCUUAAAACCCGUGUAAGAAUGGCACAGGCCACGCCAACGUGAUAUGACUCAAAGAGGGACCUGGAUUACACCUCUCUCUGGCAACGUUCACCUUAAGUUUCCAGAGAAAGCUGCAGAGAUAGCGCAGGAUAGUGCGCACCCCGGAAAUGAUCUCUUUCAGCUUCUGCCUUCUGGAAGAAGGUACAGGGUUAUAAAGACUAGGACUAGCUGCCUGAGAAACAGUUUCUAUCCAAAUGCGAUUUUGGUUUUAAACGCAGUGUAAGGUAGUCUCUGUGGGAGUAUAUUGUAUUUAAUUAUGGGGUAUCAGAGUUUUUAGGGGGCUAACCAGGCUGGGACAGCUGGGAUAGCAGGCUUGUUGGUUUUUGAAUGUCUAAUGUAGAUUUUUCAAUUGUUCUGUAUGGGACAAUGACAAUAAAGAUUAUCGUAUUGUAUUGUAUUGAUCCUGUUCUCCCUCCAAACAGCUCCACCAGUUAUACCAGCGCAGCAGCCUGCAGAGGGAGUUUGUGCAGUGCUCUGUUGAGAGCUUCAGGUGUGUGUUUGUGUGAUUCGAAGGCAGUCUAAGUGAGGGUCAGUAAUCUCCGCUGCCAUUGGGAGUCUCCAACUUCCCUGCUUCAGAGACAUCAGUCAUGGCGGUUGACCAACAUUUGGCUGUGUUUUAAUUUUUGCAUAGACCGACUGACCUGCAGACCGAGACGGCGGUCGGCGCUGCCUGCACAUUCGCGAUGGAUUCGUCCACCAGGACUUUCGACCGAGCUCUGGUGUACGAUGCGUUUAGGAACUGGACGGGCAAUGCCACAGCGUUGGGGAUGUACACACUGGACAACAGAAGUCUGCUGGUCAGCGGUAAGAGUGCAGUGGGUGCCAGAGAUCCUGGACAAUGGCAGAAGCUUCCAGGGGAAAGUCAGAAGGGCCUGCAGGAUUAGGCCAAUGGGUCAUCUAGUCUAGCGUCCUCGUCUCACUGUGGCUCAAGAGUCACUCUCCCCUGCCAUGGCUUCCAGCGACUGGAAGCCAGAAGCAUAAUUGCCUCCAAGGCUGGGGUGUAUGGGGUGCUAAAGGCACUGGGGGGGUGUUACCUCUGGUGGGAGACAUACCAUGCUCCUUUUGCAGUCAUUUGCCCACCUUUGUUCCCCACCCACACCCAACUCUCACCUGUGGCUCCUGGAAGCUGUCAGCAGGCAACAGUGGCUACAAUCCAAGAAGGGCUUCAACUGGCCGGCUAAACCAGGCGAGGGGAGCUGAUGGGUCCCAAUCCCUCGGGGAGUUAGGGGCUUUCCCUGCAUGCGAAAACAGACUACAGCAGACAGGGUGGACGAGUCCAAGCGUGGGUCCAAUGGUCAAGAAGGUGGUCUCUGCAUGUGCUGUAGAAGGAAGUGAGGAGAAGAUGGGACUCACCUCCUAUCUGGGAGAAGGAAAACUCUGGUCCUAUACCUUGAGGGACAUCUUUGGGAGAAGAAAAGGCUAAGGAGGAAAGCCUACACAAAUCUGGAGUAGAGUCCCUAAGAUGGUUGGAUGGCGCCUUGUCAGCCUCCUUCCAGCAACUCCUUCAGCCAAGCGUCUUGCUCUGCCUUCUUUGGACCCCAUCAGUGAGGCCCAGAGGGGAGUCUUGUCCUCUGGGCAGCCCAGGACCUCCAGACACAACACCCAGAGUCCAAAAUGACUCCCAGGCUGCGCACAGUUACCCCAUUCAGAACCAGGGAGUCCCCCACACCUGCCCGCCCCCUCUCCCCCAGAAACAAUGCAUUAGAUGGGGCCCUUUUGGCUUGAUUCAGCUCCUGGGUUCAUUUCACGCUGUUAUGUUUAUCCUAUAUUUAUUUACAGGUUAUCCUUCAACAGUGACCCCAGUGCACCACCAAGGAGGUUAGUGAUGCUUUAUUUGUUCAGUGUUGAUUCGAGGUUGGAGGGGGCCCGGUUUCUGGUGGGUGGGUCUCCUCUUUCAAUUCUUCCACCGUCCAUCAGAUUUACUCAAACGCCCCAGCCUCAGAAGCUGCCCAUUUUAAUUCUCCACAAUGCCAUGGGUCAAAGCCGGCCAACAUUUAAUACUUUUUUUUUGUCUUUCAGGGUUACCUUUCUGGGCCAUCAUCCUGAUAUGUCUGUCUGCUCUCCUGGGCUUCCUCCUGCUCUUCCUCAUCUGCUUCCUGGUAUGUUCAUCUUCUUUAUUCAAGACAGAGGAAAGGAAGUUCUUUCCUCUUUUUUAUCAUUCUUUAUUUUAAGAAUGUCCUGCCAACCUAGCAGUUCGAAAGCACAUCAAAGUGCAAGUAGAUAAAUAGGUACCGCUCCAGCGGGAAGGUAAACGGUGUUUCCGUGCGCUGCUCUGGUUCGCCAGAAGCGGCUUAGUCCUUCUGGCCACAUGACCCGGAAGCUGUACGCCGACUCCCUCGGCCAGUAAAGCGAGAUGAGCGCCACAACCCCAGAGUCGGCCAUGACUGGACCUAAUGGUCAGGGGUCCCUUUACCUUAUUUUAAGAAUGCACACAGUGCUUACGCAUUUUUGGGGUGGGGGCAUGGUCGAGGUUUCCCACUUCUGACACCAGUUGCACCCAAUGUGGGGGAAAUCGCAUUUCCCCAGAACCAUUUCACAUGGAAGGGGGCUGGAGAAUGCUGUGGGACUUGCGCAAGUAUAUAUAUAUAUAUAGCACUGGGAAAUGCCCUGGUGUGCUGAUGGAGGUAGUUUUGGGAGGGGAGGACCCAAACGGCAUUUAAUUUCAGCCAGGCUGGCAGAGGGGGCCUCGCUAUCUUGCCUUUCCCUCAGAUGCAGCCAUAUUGAAUGGCUCGUGCAAGCCAGGCUGAUGGAUUUCCCUCUGACACAGCUAGGUGGAACAGUUUGUCCCAGCCGGACCAACAGAGGGGGCCUUCCUGCCUCACCUCACUGUCUGACGUAGCCAGGUGGAAUGGUUUGAAUGGUGCUCGGAAACAUAUUGGGAGCCAGUGUAGAUCUUUUAGGACCAGUGUUAUAUGGUCCCGGUGGCCGCUCCCAGUCACCAGUCUGGCUGUCGCAUUCUGGAUUAGUUGUAGUUUCCCAAGUCACCUUCAAAGGUAGCCCCACACAGAGCGCAUUGCAGUAGUCCAAGCGGGAGAUAACCAGGGCAUGCACCACUCUGGAAAGACAGUCCAUGGGCAGAGAGGGUCUCAUCCUGCGUACCAGAUGGAGCUGGUAGACAACUGCCCUGGAAACAGAAUUGACCUGUGCCUCCAUGGACAGCUGUGAGUCCAAAAUGACUCCCAGACUGUGCACCUGGUCCUUCAGGGGCACAGUUGCCGCUAUGCAGCCACAGCAAGCAUCUGUAAGGGACUGGCUGGAUGAAUAGGUGGGAGGUGCCAAUUGGGGAACCCCCAAGAGAAACCCCAGAGGAGGAAGGCUCAGAGCCUGGGAGUUGGUAGUGGGACACCAAGGAGAGGUCAGAGGGAGAGGAUUGGGAAGAUGUGCUGGAUGCUGACGGAGCAACAGGGUUUAGUGAGCGGGAAGAGGCUGCGACAGGGAGCAGUUGAGACUCUGAGGCUGAAGCAAAGGGGGGGGGGUCCAAGAGGUUGCAGAAGAAUCCAGGGAGUCUCUCAAAGUCCAGGCAGAACAGCUCUGUCUUGCAGGCCCUGCGGAAGGAUGUCAUGUCCCGCAGGGCCCUAGUCUCUUGUGACAGAGCGUUCCACCAAGUCAGGGCCAGUACUGAAAAGGCCCUGGCCCUAGUUGAGGCCAAUCUAACCUCCUUGAGUGUUGUCAUUUGUUGACCUUAAGGUCCUCUGCGGGGCAUACCAGGAGAGGCGGUCCCGUAUGCAGCCUAGAAUAGCAUUUGCUUCUUUUGCUGCUGCAUCACACGUUUGGCUCAUGUUCAGCUGGUGGUCCAUCUGCUGAUGCAGGAAGGGGAGCAUUGUCCACACAGAGACUUAUAUGACAAGUGCUCUUUUUCUCUCCCCUCUGUUCUUUCUGCACCAACCAGGUUGCUUUCUGUCUGCGGAAGAAAGCCGGGAAGUAUCAGGUCCAGCAGGACAUCCUGGGUCUCUACUUCCCACACUUGGACAUGAGGAAAGCGCGAUGAUGUGCAGACCCUUUUGUGGCCUUGACUCUCUGCGCCCCACAAGGUGGGAGUGGGGGGGUCUCCUUUCGCACACUGCUCCCACCGUCCACAGCAAACAACUGUUUUGGCACAGCUGGAACAGACGUCUAGAUUAAGAAGUGAAUCACAACCAAUCAACACUAGCUUGUCUUGGACCAGAGAGAGAGAGAUGGUUCCUGCAUUGCGCGGGGUUGGACUAGAUGACCCUCGUGGUCCCUUCCAGCCCUAUGAUUCUGUGACUAUUGAGCAUGCUCUAUGAGAUAUUUUGGACAUUGACCUCGGCGACCCUGAAGACUGCCGGAUUCAGAACUGAGUGGGGAAGCUCCGUUCCAAUUUAUUUAUUAACGCACGGUGGACUUUGGAAUGUAAUUUUAAUAUAUAUAUAUAUGUAGCCACAGAUUAUUUAACUAUUUGUAGACGGAUUCUGCCUGGGAUGCAGAUCAGUGUCAAGUCUUUCUCCCCCUGCCCCACGUUCUCUGAAAUGUCCAGAGAUGCGUCGAAGGAAGUUCAGACUGCAUUGCACUUUAGAUUCCCUUAGAAUUUUACUUUUCAUUCAUUCAGCCUUUAUUGGCAUACCUUAGACAGUAGAAUCGUUUUUUAAAAAACCAUCCAUAAAACAUUAGUAAUAUUAAACUCAUAAAACAUAAAAAAGACUCAGUAGCCACCAUUAAAUAAAUUAAGUAGUUUUAAAUUUGACUUUAAAAAUCUCAACUAAAUAUCCCAAAACCAUCUCGGUAUUUUCGGGACUAUCAUCCCUCAGCAGAUAUUGUAUCUGCUUGCAAAAAAAGAGUUCUGUUUAGCUCGGGGACUGGGAGAUCUUGUUCAGCUCAGGGGCCGGCCCCCCUCUUGGGGGAUCUUCCGAGGGCCACAUACCGUUGGAGGGCGGAGCCGGGAGCAAAAAGUAGGUGGGCCUAUGCUAAUUACCUAUGUGUGGUAGGCUACACGCCACCAGAACGACAACCAGAGGUUUCUAUGUCCGACCACUCCUCUUUCCGUCCUCUGUCCAGGCCAGUAGGAGGCAUUAUCAAAGACACAUUUCCAUCCAGGCUAAAGCACUUAUGGAAGGUGGGCUGGAAGACUGGUGAAGGAUAUGGCCUGACAAGAAAGCUGUGACCCCAGAAAGAGUCCUAAGGGUGGGGGACACACAAGCCGGAGGUCUCUUGCCCCGUUUUACCUAAAACAAAAUAGCAAUAUUUAGUGAUUGUCGGCAGGGAUGGUUUUUCUAUUUAAAGAAGGGCUGCUCUUUUUGGAGAGGUGAUGAAGUUUGCUACACUGGAAGGAUAAUUCCACACACACACCCCCCAAAAAAACAACUGGGGUUGUGGUUUAGGAGAGAACCAGAUUCCAAAAUAAUAUAUAUUUGUAUGUCAGCGAUUGAUAUGAUUAUUGUUCUUUGUUUUCUAAAAGAUCUCAAUAUUUAAAAACGUUCUCGAUUUCUUACAAGCCAAUCAAUAAACAGCAAGCUGAAAAACGAACUUGAGAUGGGGUGUGUAUAUAUGUAUAAGCAUAUCUGGAAUCUAAAGCCGACCUACUAGCAAAUGAAACCCGGAGGUAAUCAUACAUCCAUUACGCCACAAUGCAGCUGAUGACGUGAGAGUCAGGUCCUAAUAACAUACAUUUAUUUGCCUUAAGGGGACUGGAAUGGCAGAAGAGGAAGAUCUGGUUUCUGAGUUAAGACUCCUUGAUCUUUAAAU